GUACCUAUCUAUCGUAAAUUAUAAAAAAAGUUAAUCAUUAACAUCAAAGUACAUACUAUAACAGUAUUGUAUUAAUAUUAAUAUAUGUAGUAUUAUACCUAUACGCAUAAUAAUAAUAUCGUAGACCGUAAUAUUUGAUAAUUAGGUAUAACUAUUAGGCAUCUAUAAAAGUACUUAUAAUUCCACUAACUUCGUUUAUUUGGCGUGUGUGUAUAUUUUAUUACAAUAUAUUUGUAUCUAAAUGUGUCGUUGGUUUGAUUAAUCAUCAUUCGUUUUUUUUAUUAAUGGAAAGCGAAAAAAACAUUAAUAUUAAAUGCCGUCGUCGACGUGAUAUUAAUGCCGACGCUGUGCGCCGAUACAAUUAUUAGUUGCUGCGCACGUUUGGACCCCAAUGUCCACUGCUCCGCCGCCACCACUGCGUUGCUGUCGCCGCUGUCGAAGCAGCAGCAUUCCGUCGGCCAUUGUAGCGAUACAGUGCGACGGUGACGGGGACUCAUCACUCGCUGUCGAGCAUUAACUUUUCUGCACGUCAACCGCUAGGUUGUCUGUGCAGGGUGCAGCACAAUCAGAUAGAUACAGCCAUAACUCCUUAGUGCAGAUUGUUCAAUUUUAGUACCAGAUCUGACCACAGAUUAGCAUCCGGCCACGGAUAUCUGUCAUCGUCGUCAAAUAUCGGAAGCUGUUUUGUAAGUACGCAGUCGUGGCAAAACGCGAACAAAUGCCAUUGAUUUUGUUGUAGAGCAUCUCCGAAGUAGGAAUCGGUACAUCUCAUAGUGCCAGUCGUGAUGGCGGUUCGGAUGUCUGAACCGGGAUCACCACCGGAAGCCACUUUAACUAGCUUGGGAUCCUGUGAUAUAGUGGAGUCCUGUGUGGUGGCCCCAGACACCAGUCGAUGUGGAGAGUUUAACAAUUCAGGUAAGUGUUUUAAUACAUUUUUUUUGUGUUCUGCUCUGUUUCGUUCAUUAAACGUGAUUUCAUUGUUACUACCCUGCUAGUCGUUUGUCGAAAUGUCCUUCGAUAAAUUCCUAUGUCGUGAUAGACGGUGAACUGUUCAGCUGUCUAGGUGGUUUCUCAGUGAAUGCAUUCAUAUACCUACUUACUGUUCCUACAUAUUUGUAGCUCAAAUAUUAAAUUUUUUUGUUUCAUUCUAAUGUUUAAUUUAUCAAUUGCUACUGUAUCAUAAUACAGUAUGAUUUAACCACUUAAACUUAUAUACAUCUCCUAUUUUGAAACAUUUCAAUUUUAAUGGCAGGCAAUAUUAAGUGCUUUUUAAAGACUAUAUUCCCUAUAUCUGUUGUAUUUACUGAGAAUAAUCCUGGUGGAACUUGCAAAACUGUACAUUUUAUUAUCAAGCGAUAUCUUAUUGCAUACAAUUUCCUUUGAAGUACUUAUUUAUUUACAUUAUUUGUAUCAAACGAAUGUUUCACAGCCAACCGUUUUUAUACUUUGGUACUGCUUGCUGAGAAUUAUUAAUACAUAUGGUCUCAGUAGAGUAGUGGUUUUCAUUUAAAUUUAAGUUUGACAAACAAUUUGUUCAGUAUUAGAUUUGCAUUUUACGAAUUUGUUGUUUGUGUCCUUAAGAAACAGUGCCUAGUAUAAAAUAUGUUAUGGACUUUGGUACUGUCUUAUAACCUAGGUGUUUAUCAAAUGGAUUAUACAAAUUUCUCACUCUAGUCAUCUUUUUGAUAAACAUUUAUGAACACUUGAUUUAACAAUUUACCAAUUUUACGAUAGAUUAUAAUAAAUUAAUAUCAUGGAAGUUUGAUUAUUCUGUAGCUGUUAAUUUGUCACUUAUAGUUAGUAUUUACCAUAAGUAGAUAUAUGUAGAUACUUAUAUUUUCAGUGAUGCAACUUAAGUAUAAAUAAAUAAACAGAAGUCCUAAUAAAUACCUAGUUGAUUCUUCAUAGGCCCAGGUAAGGUUUUAUUCUUAUAGCCUCUACCAGGGUAUUUAUUACAAUAAAUUAAGUAAUAUAAUUUAAAUACAGUUAUUUUACAUUUUAAUAAAUACAAUAGCUACAUUAAAAAAUUAACUAACAAGUUAAACAACCAAGUUUAUUAUAUUUUAAACAAAUUUAUAAAAUAUUAAUAAAAAAAAAGAUUUUAUAGGUACCUAAUAUUUAAUAAUUACAUUUACCUAUAAUCAGUUUUAAUUAAAUAAACAUUUAUAAUGAAAGAGAUUGGAUACUGCUAUUUUCUUUCUUUGUUUACCACAAACUCAGCAUAGCAAUUAAGAUAAAUUUGUCUACAAUCAGUCCAAUUGAUGCAGUGAAGCAAUAUAAAUUCUAAAUACUGAUUAAAAUUCAAUGUAAAUAGGAAUGAGAUUAGUCAUUCCACUUUAAAAUUUCAGUCAUUUAUUUCCAAAAACUUAAUUUAAAAUUUUAAAAUUUAAUUUAAAAAAAAAAAACUACAUUUGAAAAAAAGUGACUUUAUAUAAUUUAUGGUACACUGAUUUUAAAUAUUAUUUAGAAAUCUUAUCACUUCACUCAGUACAUUGAUCUAAAUGAUUGUAGUUAUAUUGGUCUAAAUUGUUGUGCAGUGUAUGUGUUAAGUUGUGUCGGCACCUAACCAACAUUUGAGGAUUAAUUUAUCUGAAAAAAUAUUAUAACAAGACAACAAACAUUUGUUCAUAAUUUACUUGUUAGCUAUGUGUUAGUCAAAACAGACAACAGUUGUAACCAAGUUGUAGACAGAGUAAGUUGCAUGCUGCAUUGGCGCCUCUGUGUAGGUUAUUAUGCAUAAUAAUAUUUGAAAAAAAAGAGAGUUUGUUGAAAAGACUAAAUUUUUAAAGAACAAAGACUAUCAGUGGUGAGUUUUUUAUUUUAGAUUUAUAGAGGUGAUUGAUUUAAUAAUUUGAUAAGAAUGUCAAGUGUUCAUUUUGAAAUUUUACUAACACGUAUUGAUAUUUAUUGAUAAUAAUAUACUUAAAUACAUUUACAAUUAUUAUUAUUAUAUUUAAUUAACCACUUUAAAGUUAUUUGUUGGUACAUUGGUAUACAUUAACAUACAUUUUUUUUUGGAUUAUUGAUAAAAAAAAUUUGUUUGGAACAAAUCUACAUAAACCAAAUGUUUGAUCCAAGUUUCACAAACAUUUAUAUAUUAAAUAUUUGUUAGGUGUAGAUGCACCUUAGACAAAGAAAGAAAAUAUCUGUAUUUAUUCCUCAUAACUAUUAAUUUUAUACUUGUUCAUAUUUAUAAAAUAUUGUUUACAGUUUAAAAUAGUUUGGUAAUAAUAUUAGUAAAUCUAGGAAAAAUUUUUGAUACACCCAUUAUAAAAUUAUUUUUGAUAAUAGUACUUAAUAUAUAUAAAAUUAGGAUAGGUAUUUAAAAUCUUAAUUAUUUGUUUAAUUUUUAAUUUUUCCUCUAUUAAUAAUUAUAAUAAAUAAUUAUAUACUAAUACUAGCAACUUUAUCUGGUGUUCUCCAUUCUAAUUUAAUGAUUUCCUUUUUUUUAACCAUUUAAAAGCAGAAUUUUUUGAAAUUCUUUCAAAAAAUGAAAUCGACUAAAGAAAUUAAAUUUAGUAUGCCUCCUCUUUUCCACCCCUGCCUCUACCAUAGUUAUUGUAAAAGGUUACUUCUUUGCUCAGAACAUUCAAACUAACUAAUAAUAAUUGUUUUGUAUAUUUCAUCCAUGUCACUUAGGUGACCCAGAAAACUAAAUAAAAAUAAUUCAAUUUUCCCACUAUAAUACAAGGAAUCUUUUUGCGAGUCAUUAUUUAAUUGUUGAAUUUUGGAAAUCCCCGAUGCAAUUAUCCGCUUCUAUAUAACAGUUUCUCAAUCUAAUCUAGGUGUGUGAUAGAUUUCGUCUGUGGUUAUAGAAAAACACACACAUGGUUGCUCAAAUAUUGACUUAUUAUUUUAGAUAAGGUUUAUCUUAAUAUUUUGGUAUUUAAUUGAUGUGUGGAACUAAUUUUAACUUUCAUGAAGUGUAUUAUUAAACAAAAAUUCUUUUCAUUUGUACUGAUUAAAUCCAAUUUAGUUUAUAAUAUUUAAUUUAUUAUUAGUAAGGCUGUGAAUUUGUAGUAUAUGAUUUUUUUUAGUUGAUUGUAAAAUGUAUCUUUCUUAACACUAAGUUUGAAUUGUGAAACUUAUUUUGCAUUUUUUUGGAAUUUUUAAUGUUUUAAAUAUUUUGGGGCAUUUUUCAGUUUAAGUAAUAAUAAUAAAUUUACCUACAUUAUUUGUAUUCAUUUUUGAAGGAGUUACUUAUUAUUCAAUUUACAAUGUGUAUAUACUUCAUAUAUUUAUUACUAAAAAAAAUUAUAUUUUAUUGUUUUUCACAAAACAGGAAAGUAUAGCAACAUUUGAUUUGCCACAAUAUGAUAAGAUAAGGCUAAUAUUAUAGUUAUCAAUUAUAACAUAUUAGUAAUAAAUUUCUAGAGUAAGUAGGUCAGUAAGUAGUUAACAGUUAGAUUAAUUUAGGUAUAAUCGUAUUUUAUUAUAGUCAUGUUUUACCAUUAUUAAGGAUUUUAAAUGUGUUUUAUAAGAUUUUAUUGUGCCUUAAAUUCACAGCCCUAAUUAUAAGUGUUAGCAAAGUAUUAAAGUUUAAAUUUUCUAGAUAUUUAAAUUAAUCACAUAUUAUCUAAUUCAGUGUUUCACAAACUUUUAUAACCACAGCACCCUUUCAUAAUUAUUUGUGUUUGGUGGAAUUUCAAUUUCAACUCAACCCUAUUGCUUGUUCUACCAUAGUAAUAUUAAAUACCAAUAACAUCUGAAAAUAUUUGGUUAGAUAUUGAUUGGAAGCCUUCUACAGAAUAAAUAUUGGGACUUCUUUGACCUUGACUAUUUAUUUUUCAUUUAUAGUUAACAUUCAUGUAACUCAUAUAUACUGUUAUUAAAGAGAUUAAUUAAGGUGAGUAAAGUAUAGAAGUAAUCUGGAGAGGAGGGUGUAAAAUAAAAAGUUGCUGGAUGUUAUUAAAAGUGAUAUGAACUUUUGGAAUAGAUUAUGACAGAGGUUCUUAAAGUGUAGAACACAUACCUUUGGCAGAAUUUUUUUGUAUUAAUACAAAUUUGUGUACAUGUUUUUAAUGGGUCUAAUACUAUUUUAUAUUUUUAAAUUAAUUAUAUUUGAGAACUGUCUUAUAUUUUAGAAACAAAUGUAUGUCAAUUAUGAAUAGCUUAAUUUUUAAUUAAAAGUAGUAUGCAACAUAUAAUAUAAUGCAUAUUAUAAAUAGUAGGUGAAAAAUAAAAGUUUGAGAAUCUCUGUAUUAAGGUAAUGAAUAGGGAGCUGUGGAGGAUGAGAAUAACAGUAGUUGACUAACUUGUGUAGGAUUCUUUGAAUACAGAUUAUAAAGAAAAAAGAAAUUAUAUACUUUGGUAAUUUAUUAUUAUUAAGGAUAUCAUAAAUGUUAUCACUGAUAUCAUAUAAUGAAUAAUGUAAGAGAGUGACAACUGCUAUCUUUAUUUCUGAUUGAUUCCUAUUAUCAAUGUUAUUCUAAACAUUUUCAAAUGGAUAAUAUAAGUUGUAAUUUAUGCGAAUAAAUUAAUGAAUAAUUACUAUAAAACGUUUUUUGAAGACUAAAUUGUACUCCAUCAAAUAGACGUAUUUUCAAGUAUAUAAUUGUUUUAAAAAAUAAUAAUUUCAAAUUUUAUGUGUCAAUAAUUUAAUGUCAAUGAAUAUGUGUUAUCACACACUAAGUAUUAACACUAUCACAAAAACUUCUACUGUCUAUAAUUGUUUAUGGUUGUUCAAGGUUUUUUUUUGAACUUUUGUUUAAAUAGCUGUUUGCAUUUUUACCUAAUAUUUUUUAGGUAAUAUUACAAUGUCCAGAAACUAUUUUAUUCAUGGAUGAACCUAAUGAAGGUUAUAAAUCACAAAUAAAACAAAACACAUGGUAUAAUAAAUAGACCAAUAUUCAAAGCUCCCAAAGUAAGAUUCAAAAUUCUAAAUUUUAUUUGUUUUAAUUUAAUAUCUAAAUUAUAGGUGUGCACAGAACUUGUUCACAAGAUAUGUGGGUAAUAAAGUGUACUCCCCAGAAUAUAAAUAUUCCUAAAAUGAAACCACAUAGGAUUUCAUUAAAACAUAAUAUGGUUAAUACUUUUUUUUAGAAAAUAAUGUUUUCAAUCAUUGUAAAAUCAAAACAUAUUUUUAUAAAAUAAUAUUUAUUAAAAUUAAAUAAUACAUAAUAAUAAUACUUCAUCAAAUGUCAGCUAAAUUAAUUUGAUUUGGCUAUUUUUUUAUUUUUACUUUUUUGGUCUCGUAUUAAUAUACUAAUAUACUUUUCAUAAUAUUUGUUAGAGAAAGAAGUUGUUUUAUAUUAUUAUUUAUACAAUCACUGAUAUUAAUUGAUUUUACAUCACAAACAAAUAAAUUCCCAUCAACAGAUAGUCUUGGAAUUUGAAGCCAAAAAUAAUUGUGAUACAUAUGAGAAUUGAGAUUAAACAUGUUAUUUAAUUUACCAACGAUUAAAACAAAAAAAUAAAACUAAUUUUGUUUAAUUUUACAUUUCUUGGGUUGGAAUAAUACCAUUUCUUUGGUCAGUAAAUAACUAUCUUGCUCAGUUACUGUUGUCAAUUAAUAAUAAUCUAAACAAAAUUUUGUUUUGGGUACAACAACAGGUUUUUAUAAUUAAGUUUGUGUGUGAUAACACACAUUCAUUGGUAUAUAAUUUGAAAUUAUUUUUUAAAAUAAUUUUAUCUUUUAUUCUAAAAGUCAUACAUACUUGGAAAUCCAUCUAUUCGAUCGAGUACAAUUUGGUUUUUAAAAAACGUUUUAUAGUAAUUGUUCAUUAAUUUCAUAAUUUAAAUUAUAAUAAUAGAAAACCAAUAAAUCUCCUAUGCUUUACAUGUAAAACCGAUAUCACUAUUGACUGAAGCGAAUUCUAGCAAUUUGCAAUAAUUUUGGAUCACAUUUUUUUGCUCCAGCUGUCUUUGUUUGACAUCCAUUUUCUAGUGUUCAUGAUUCUGUCUCUGAAUUUUAUUAUUACUGAUAAACCUUAUUCUAUUAUAGUAUGCUUUGCUGAUAACUAGAAUUUAGUUCAUGUUGAUAACAAUGUUUGGAUUAAAAUGUACAUAUUAUGGUAUGGUCUAUAUCCAUUGAAAAAAGAUUUGGUGGUAAUUUUUUUAUUAUAGGCUUAAUGUUACCUACAAAAUUCUAUAUUCUAGGUUAGAUCAAGAAAAAGUUAUUUUUAUAAUUGAUCGAGGUUCUCCAAAAUGUUGCAAUUAAAUAUUUGUAAUCAUUUUCAAGUAUAAUAUAUUGUAGUAAAAUAAAUAUAUUUUAAUAACUUAAUAUAAUUACAAGUAAAUGGAAGAACAUAUAUACUUGAGGCCUGGCGGUAUAUAACAAUAGUUGUGGUGUCUGAGGCUGUAGGCUAUAGAUUUUUAGAUUCAUCCAAUUAAGCUGAUUCAGAAGGUUAGUGCAUUUACUAAUAUUAUUUAUUAACAUUAUGUUGUUGAUUUGGGGAUUGAACACAUGUCUGCAGGCCUCAAAGGGUUAAAUUGAAUAAUUAGGUACCUACUGUAAGUGUAAAGUCUGAUGGUUAUCAUGCAUCUGGGGCUUGCCCUGAACCUCUGCACCUCCUGAAUAGCCUAAGGCUAAUAGAGGGUGUGUAGUUUAUGCGCAGAUUAAAAUUUGGGUUCACCUGUAAGUGUAAAGUAUUAAUAUUGGAUUACCUGUGUUUAAAAUAAUGCAACACUCUAUCUAUGUUAAAGUAAGAUAUGUACUUAUUCAAAAUUUAAUUACAAUUUAAAACUGGUUGUUUAACAAGUUGUUAUCCAUUUAAAUUAAGCUACAUAUUUCUAUUUGUUAACUUGUUAACAUCUGUUACUCCUUUGAUUUUGAAGUUUAACCUUUGUCUAUGAAGCUUUUUUUAUUAAAUUUAAGUCUUGAAUAUUAACUUAGUAAAUAAAACAUAUUUUACAUGUUUAAAACUGAUAUAUAAUUUUAAAGUAAGUUGGUAGAGGUAAUUUUAAUAAUAAUAAAAUAUAUAUAUAUAUAUAUAGAAAAUCUUAUUUAUCAUUAAAAUACAUUUAUGAUAUAAAAAGUAAAAAUAUCUAUAAUCUGAGACAAUUUCACAUAGUUGAAGGUAUGGUGUAUGUUGAGGUGCACUGUUGCUAGUACAAAUACUUGUGCCUAACUAUGUAUUAUAGAAAUUUGUUUUUUUCCUAAGUAAGUUUUAGUUUUGUAAGUAAUUGACAUAUAACCUAACCUAACCUUCGAGCUAUAAUAGCUCAAAAUUGAAAGCUCUAAAAGAGAAAAAGCAAAAUAAAUCUAUAAUAAUAUGUUUAUUUAAAAUUAUAUACUAUUCAAAUUCUUAAUAUUGACAAUAUUAUAACUAAUAAUAUAUACAAAUUACAAAUAUAUUAAUGCAUUUUUAUUUGAAACAUCAUUAUUUUAGAACAUAAUGAGUUGGUUCUUUCAUUCGUGAAGUUCUUGAGAGGAUCAUCUAUUUAAUCUUAAUGAGGUUUCUGGUGUUUUUGAAAUUUUAAAAACAAGUGUGAUAUUUGUUUGCAUUAAAAUUAAAAAUGAAGUGUGAGCAACUAAUUUUGAAUUUAAAUACUUUGCUGUCCAUGGUUCAAACGUAAUACAUAAUAUGUCCUAUGGUUUUUAUAAAUAUAAAUGAGGUAGCUUUUUGUUUAUUGGAAAAUUUUACUACCGAUUUCCAAUAAAUUAAUCUAAUAUAUGGACAUUUUAAAGAAUUAUUAAGAACUGUAAAAUAAAAAAAUAAUUGUUUGAAACAGAAUAUUUUGUACAAUUCUAUUACUCUGGUUCUGGUAGGUAACUAUUCAAAUUUUUAAUAAUGGACGUUAAUACAUUAUUUUGGUCUUUCUAAAGAAACUAUUUUUAUUUCAUUGUUUAACAAUCCAUGCAUUAUAUGGUACUGUAGACUAUUUGGACAUUUGAAUUUUUGAAAAUUUUACAUUUCUUUGGAUAUGAGAAAUAGCAACAUUAUGUAACAUAUUGCUACUUUAUAUUGUGUCAAUUUUCAAUUUGAUGCAGUGUAUUAUUGUUUAAUAUACAUUAUAAAAUAUCUUUUGUACUAUUACAUUAUGCAUUUACAAUAGUUGGUUCUAAAUACAAUACCAUGAAAUAAAAUCUCAGUUGAGUCAAUUUUAUUACUAAUCUAUAGGUAGGUAACAACUAACUAAUGAUUAUUAAAACUGUUAGAUGCUUAUGCAUCAGUAUGCAUAUUCACCUACUAAGACUAUUUUAUUGAAUAUUAAAAUCUUAUUUUAGUAUUUGAAAAAUGUGAGAAUACAUACAAAUAUAUUCAAAUGAAAAACAUAUUUAUUUAAGAAAAUAAUGAAUGAUUAAAUAUAGGUAUAUGAAGCUAUGCACUAAAUUAUAAAUAGAUUUAAUAAUAAUUGUAUACAGAUAUGUUUAUUACUACUGUGUGAAGGGUGGAAAAUAGAAACAAAAUAAAAAUCUAGAAUUCACUUUAAUUUGCAUAAAAAAGAUUCUCAAAUAUAUAUUAUGUUUAAAACUGCAAAGAAAAAUAAUUUGGAAUCCAUUUAAAUACAAUAUAAUAUAUAUAUUAUAUAUAUACCUACCCAAAUCACUAUAUUUCAUUUGUUCAUAAAAGUAUACAAUUUAAUAUUUAAUAAAUUGCAUUUUGGGUUACAUACAUAUAUUAUAUUAUUUUUAAAUUCUUAGGAAAUUGUUAUUACACUUUUAAACACUUCCUUUAGUUACAAUAAUGAUUGGAAAUAUUGUCAGUAAUCAUUAGGAGUAUUUAUUCAUAUAUUGUUUAUGAAACCAUUUAACCAUUGUUUAGUUAGUGGUGCACUUUUUAUUAGUUUUUUUUUAAGUAGUAUGAUAAUGACAUUUUUUAAUUCUGUUAAAAUUUAUUGAUAUUUUUAUGUGUCCAUAAAAUACAUAAUUAUUAUAUUGAAGGGGCCUAUUCUCAAAUAAACCGAAAAGUUCAGUCGAAUAACUAUUCAAUCAAACAUGUCUUAUUCGAUUGCUUGUUUUUAAAUGAGUGUAUUCUCAGACAGUAAUCAAAUAUUUUAAAUUGUUUAAAUUAUUUGCAACUGUCAAAUUUCUAAUCACUAAAAAGAGUUAAUGUUUUUAUUCCAUGAAGUAAAACAUUUUAUCAGCUGUAUUUUAAUAUUGCAAGUUAUUACUAAAUUGAGUAUUAUAAUUUAAUAAAAAUAACAAAUAACAAUAGUUUACAUUUGUUAUUAGCAGGGCUGUGAAUUUAAUGCAUUAAAAAUAUACUGUCUACAAUCUAUAUUAAUAAUAUUGCUUUUAUUACAUAAAAAAAAUAUAUAUAUAUAUUUGUAUACUUAAUCUUCCAGUGGUUCUUACCAUUUAAAAAAAAGGAAAUAUUAUACUCUAUAUUAUAUAUCCUUUGAGAUAUUAGUAUUUAAAAUAUUAAAUUGUUUACCUUCAAAACAAGAAUUAUAUUCUAACAAUUCAAAUUAAAUAAUAAAAUAAAAAAUUACUAAAUCUACAAUAUUUUCAUUAAAACUAUAAAAGACAUAAGUAUUAUAGACUAAAAAAAUAUAAAUAUUAAGAAAAAAAGCAUUAAUAUGAAAAAAUCAUGAAAACAUGCAUUUAUAUAUCCUAACCUGUUAAAUAUGCAAAAUGAGAUUUCGUAUUUUAACUAUAGGUAAGCCAAAAUAAAUUCUAGCCGAAUUUAUUAACUCAUACGAUGUAGCAAAAAAACAUGCAAAUCCAUAAAAAUUCACAACCCUUGUUAUUAGGACCAUAACAAAAAUGUUCUGUUAUACAUCUACUAACUAAGGACAGACUGAGUGCUGUUAUUCUAUGUUCUCCAAUAUCUUGUUGAUAACUAUUACUCUCAAUAAAUCUUAGAGCAGUUAAUAUUUACAAUAAAUAUUAGUAUUAGGUAAUAUUGUCUAAGUACUUACUGUAGACUUUAAGGUAGGUUACAUUUGUUUAUUAGUACAACUACUAUAACUAGGUAAAAUAUUUCAGAAUUUACUGUUUUUAAAAUUCAAAUUUGUUGUUUUUUUUUUAAAAUAACUAAGUAAUUAAUCUAACCAAAAGUUACCUACUUAAAUAUUCAAUAGUACCUAGCUUUUCUUUUGGUUGUUAUUUCUGAAGAUGUUAGACUAUUCAUAAAGAGAGUCAGAGUAUCUACAAGUUCUUCUUUUAAUGUAUUAUUCAAAUGAUAUGUAACUACCUAUAGAUUUCUGAUAUGAUAAUAUUAUUAAUAACAUUUUAGAUUGUUCCGAAUUUUAAUUUUGUAGUAAAUAAAAACAAAAAAUAUUGAUAAUGUGGAUUUCACAAAUUAAUUCAUAAUUGCAUUAGGUUAAUGUAGGUAUUAUUGAUGUAAAUUCACCAUAAAAUUGAUUUAGUAAUAUUGUCUAGGCUCAUUCACAUUUAUUUGUUGAUUAAUAAUUACUAUAUUAUUUUGAAUAAUAUUCAAUUACAUUGCAAUAUCAUCAUCAGCCAUAUUACCAAUGAUACAAAAAUAUAUACCUACACUAAUUAAAUAAUAAUAAAAAAAAAUAAUGUUAAAAUUUAUUAAGUUGAAAAGGGAAGUUUAUAUGCCAUGGUUGUCCAGAGAUAAAAACAACAGACAAUGGAUGAUAUAUAUUGUACAAAAAUAAUUUCUAGGAAUUUCUUAAGUACGAUAGGGUAGUUAAAUUAAUAAUACAACAAAAACCCGUAGUUGCAUAAUAAUACUUUUUGCUAUUUCAAUUGAAUAUAAACACUAGAUAUCAAAAUAUCAGUCUAAGUAAAUUAUUAAAAAAACAGAAUAUCAUUUGAGAAUACUGACGAAUAUUGAAAACUUGUUUUUUAUAUGUUACUUACGUAAUAUGUACUUAACGUUUACUUUUUUACAGACUUUUGAUUGAAAUACUGUUUUGAUACGUUUGAGAAUAGAUCUUCAGAAUAAUAAUUAUACCCAACUCGCUAAUUAAAUAAAGUUUAAACCUAGUUUAUAUUAUUUAAUAUAAGUUUAUAAAGUUGUAUUGCACUUAACUUAACCUAGGUUUUAUUUCUAAAAUCUUCAUCUCAGAUUAACAAAUUUACCUAAUUAAUAUUUAUUUACUAAGUAAGUUAUGUAUGUUAAAAAGUUUAAGAUAAUAAGUUAUUUUUUCCUAAAGAAGUCCUAAUUCAUAAUUAGAAAAACAUUAAAUAGAUAGUUUUAUUUUAUUUAGCAUUAUUCUUAAUUUGUUUUAGUUGAUAUGUCUUUCAAAUGCAAUUAAAGGUUAAUAAUAGUGCAGUACAUAAUAUGUUUGCUUCUUUAGAUCUAUGGGCCAAGGUCAAUUCAAUAUCUAACUAAUAAUUGUCUGUAAAAGUUGUCAAUUGAUUUAAAUUGUGGUGUUAUUUAUAAUUGUAUAGAGUGAUUCAAAAUGUAAGUUACAGCCAUUUUAUCAUAUGAAUAUUUAAAAUGGAGAAAAAUGUAGCACACAAAAGUUUUUUGAUUUAUAAACAUCUAAAAUGAUUUGUACAUAUAUUUUUUUUAGUUUUAGCUUUUGGGAGUCAAAUUUUUAAAUUCAAAUGAGAAUCUAUACCUUAUUUGCAAACAUAUUGUGAAGAAUUUUUAAAAUACAUUUAUUGAUAUAAUAACAUUAAUUAAUAUAAAACUAUGUUUGAGAGUGAUAUAAAGUUUUUAAAAAUUAUAUUCGCAGAAGCAGUGCGUUGUACUGUGUAAUAAGAAACAUUAUUUACUAUUUGUGAUCAAAAUGCAAUUUCUUAAAACUUUAAAUUGCUUUACAAAUUUUGAAUAAAUUAAUAUUAUUCAAUCACUAUAAUUGAAUAAACAUUUAACUUCACAUCAUGUUUUCAAAAAGAGUGUAUGGUUUCCAUUUGAAUUUUAAAGGUCACCCCCAAAACCUCUCAUAAAAGACUGUAAAAAAAAAAAACUAAAUUUUUCUCUAUUUUUAAUAUUUGUAUGAUAAAAUGUGAUAUCCUUGAGGUAUUACUUUUUAUUGAAAUUUUUUGUGACAAUUUAAGAAACAAGUAGUUCUUAAAUUUUAUGUUACCAUUAUUUUUUACCACCUUUAUUUUUAAGGGGUAUACCGAUUACCUAUUUUUGAUUUUAAAUAGCAACUUAUAUGAAGAAUUUCAUAAAUAGCAGUAUUAGUUUGAUGUUAACAUUUUUAUUUACAUAUACCUAUUGACGAGAUUAUUCCAGUUUUAAGUUUGGGUAGGGGAGUGUAGUGAAGCAUAUCAUUUAUGUGGCAGCAUAGAACGCGGCUGAUAGAAUUUAACAAUUUUGACACCAAAAUGUAUUUUGUAACGACUACCUACUACUUUUGAUUUUCAAAUGGCAACCUAUAUAAAAAUUCCAUAAAUACAUAAAGUAUUAAUUUCACUAAUAGGUAGUAGUAGCUAGUCUUUUCACUCCCAAAAAUAGUGGUAAUGUAACAUUUUAACUUGUUUCUUAAAUUGUCAAAAAAAAAGUGAAUAAAAUCUGAAUAGUUGUCGUUUAUUGACUAUAAUAUAAUAUGAGUAAAUAUUUUGUGAAAAAAUUUGAAUUAUUUAUUACUUAGCGAUCUAACGAGCCAGCUUAUAGCUGAUGCAAACUAUGCACUCUCACAGAGCCCCACAUUUUUAGAAGCACUGCAUCUAGUCGCAAAUAUAGUUAGAUGGUAAUUUCACAUGAUUAUUUAGGAAAAUAUAAAUUAAAGAACUAAGAAUUAUUGUACUAUUGAGAUUUAUUUAAAAAUAAAUAUUAAAGCUUAUUGAGGUACUGCAAAAAUUGCUGCAUAGGGCCUCUGAUGUUUUCUAAGGCGGUUCUGGUGAUGUGAUGUUAUUUAUUGUGUACAAUUAAACUAAUGUCAGUUCAAAAAAAAAUAUUUUUCAGAGUAGAAAUUGUAAAGUAAUACUCAAUGGUGUAAACCUGUAAACUUUACACCAUAAAUCUUUAUAAUGGAUGUUAAUCAGUGGCAUAUUUACAAUUUUUGUUUUGUUGAUUAGAGAAUUUGGUUAGGUUGUUUGUUUUAUUUACAUGAUUGUACCAACAAUAGAUACAUACUACUAAAGUAAUUUGGUACUUAUUGAAUUAGACACCUAUGGUACCUACCUAUUUCUACUAAAUAUUAUUAUUUCAAUGUAACUGAUAAUUUAUCCUGUAAAUUACUGAUCUUUGAUACUGACAAUUUGGUAUAUUUAUUAUUCUAUAUUAAAACAAGUAUUAAAAAAAACUCAGCCGAGAUGAAAUCAAUUAGCGAAAAAGAAAUAUUAUGUUUUACUUAAAAUAAUGGGAGGAUACCUGACAUUAAUGAUAAAUUAUUGAAAAUGUUGAGAACAUGUGAUAUAAAUUGUAAAGGGUCAUACCAUAAUGACCCAGGUACAACAUUUCCUGGGAAUGGUGUAGACACUACUAAGUGAAAAUAUAAUAUAAAGACUUGUUAAUAUAAUUUACUUACCUAUACAGAACUAAAACUCAAAUCAAAACAAAACAGAUAGUCAUAACACUCAUAACAAUAACUUGGAGACUUAAAAAAAAGUUUGGUAUUAAUAUUACUUACACCAAAUAAUAAAACUGAUUACUGCAAGACUAUAAUUAAAACUGUAAGCCUAAUAUUACGGCAAUUUAAUUUUUUAUAUGAUGCACUUUUACUAUAUGUGUAUGAAAACUUUUGGAAGGUAGGUUUGUAAGAAAUGCGCAGCUAUAAAUCAAGGUACUACAUUACGCAUCACAAGUAUGGUUAUAGGAUGACAGCUUAUCAUUGAACUAUGGUUAUCUAAUAUCUACAUAAGUUGGCGUACAGUGUUAUCAUUGUCGAAGUGGAGUUUAUAGUAGUUAUCUUAAAUCAUGUACAAUGGAUCAGAGCCAUAAGCAAUAAAAUGUAUCUAACAUUAAAGGGAAUCUCACUUUGGCGCAUGCGUGAAGUACUGUUAUCACUCUUAUCACAACCUACCUAAUGAAAUUUAGAAUUGUAAUAUACCUCUAUGUAAAAUAUACUUCAGAAUAUCGAAGUUCUUUAAUUUUUAUUUGUAAACAAUGAUAAACUAUUGCUAACGAAAUGAUUCUGAGCGAAGUUCGUAUAUGCAUAAUUUAGAAGGCCGUAAUAUUUACGAUUUUCAUCAAAAUUUGAUUUUAAAACCAUUACGAAAAAAAUAAAAUCAUUAUUUCCAUGAACAUUCUCGUUCUAUGUUUUAUUUGUCAUUGCUCAAUUAUCAUAAAACGACAUUUUUACUAUCUAACUAGAUCUAAAAUUGAAAUAAAAAAGCUCACUUUCGACAGCAAUAUUUCUGGUAGAAAACGUUAUUUGUAAACAUUUUAAAUAAUGAAAUCAUAAAUUAGUCGUAAAUUUGUCAGUUUUCAUUUUACGUCUUUCUCAAUUAUUAUGAAAUAAUAUUUAGUAAAUUAAUUAAUGAAAUAAUAGAGAUAAUAUAUUAAAAAACGACUUACUUAUCAACUAAAUUACAAACUAAACAUAAAAAGUCUUGGUAUUUUUUGAUUAUAAAUUAUGAUAAAAAUGCUGGUAAAAACAAAGUGCAUAAAAAUUGAAAACAAUCAAAUUGGUAACACCGUGGCGUGCCAUUAAUAUUUGUCAAUUUUCCUAUCAUUUUGUUUCUAUAGUCUGUCCCAGGAGAGAAAGGUCGCUUCUGCGCAUGUUUUCCCCCUCCACAUAGCCGAUUGUCAUUUCUUCCGUCGUCGGUUUAUGACUAUACACCGCUAGGAUAUUUUGUAGAAAUUAAAUUGUUAUUACUAUCAGACAUCGCGCAUCGCACGUUUAUUUACCUUUGCUGUUUUAUAACCUCUUGAUAAUUUUUCAAAUCGUAAACUAUCGUAUAUACAAGCACCUUCUAUAAUAAUCCAGACUUUGUUUUUUUUGUGUACAUAUUUAUUUAUUUAAUAUCUUAUUGAACACUGUAGGUAUGAUACAGUAGGUAUAAUAAAGUAGGUAUAAUACAGUAGAUAUAAUACAGAGAUUUAUAUUUAAUAAAUAAUAAAUAAUUAUAUUAAAACAUUUCAUUUUUUUUUCGUUAAAAUUACAAUUUAUCAUUUUUGUCAUAUUGGCGAUAAACAGUGGACUAUCGACAGACAACAGUGCAUUAUUUGAAACGCAGUGUACAAAACCUGUCGAUAGAUCCGGGAGGGAAUAAAUGGAUAGUGUUGCGGCGUGGGGAUGCGCAGUAGCGCUUCGAUUUGGUCGGAGAGCGGACCGUUCUCUCCUGGGACAGACUAUGGUUGUAUAAUUUUUAUACGUUUCAUACAUACGUAUAAUACGUGUUUCGUGCAUUACUGUAUUAUACGUUUCAACCUUGAAUUUAUAGUAAAAUCAAUACGCUCUAAGCUAGAGCUGUAUAGGUUUUCUCAAUUCUUCUAAAAACUCCUAGGAAAACAAAAAAUACAACCUGCUCAUGGCACCAAUUAAAUUUAAAAUACAACAAAAAAGUCUUAUCAUUUUUCGAUUGGAGCUAGUUUUCUGUUCUCAAAAAUGUUUUCAAACUAAAAAUAAAAAAUACAUCAUCUCUCCGUUCAAAAUUUAAAACUGUAAUUUUAUUUAAUUUAUAGAUUGAACUUAUGUACAUAAAGUAGAAUUAUUUUGGUGUUUCUAUUUAUAAAAUUAAAUAUUCUUUUCAAUAAAAAUAAUAUAUUAUUUUGACACCAUAAAUCGAAAAACAUGUUACCACGAUUAUCUACAAUGAUAACGAAAAAAAAUGAAAUGGAUACGAAAAUAAAAAUUUGAUUAUUUAUCACAUAUUUUAAUAAAAUAUUUUUUUGAUUAUUGGUGCCAAAAAAAAAAAAAAAAACUUAAUUUUAAAGAUAGAAACAUAAAAAUAAUUCUAUUUGUCAUACAAUUCUUCAAUCUGUAAUUUAGGUGCUUAUCAUUUUUUAUGAUCAUGUAAAUGUAUAUGCCAAAAAUAUGAAUAACUAGUUUUCUGUAUGAUCUACGUAUUAAAAACUGGGUUGAUGAUUACUAGCGUCAAUAGACACAGUAAAUGCACGGUAUAGGCAUGGCUUGGAGAUUGAUAAAAAUUAACAUGGUAAAAAUACAGAAUAAAUAAAGACGUGACGGUCAUCUUUUUGUUUUGAUGAAGUGUAACCAUGUGUGGCUAUCCCAAAAAGCAAAAUGUAGAAUACUGUUUUUCAUCCAAUAAACUAUAAAUCCAAUUAGUAAUUAAGAAUUAUUUGCUUUUAACAUUUUUAAUUUUUUUAAAUAAAAACUGUAAAAAUGUAUUAUAAUUAAUCAAAUAACCCAGAAGAAUUUUACUUAAAAGAACAAGAGAAAGCUUAGGUGUGACUUCAAUAGUGAAAAAAAUAAGGGAAAAUAGAUUGAGAUAGUUUGGGCAUAUUAUGAGGAGACAUAUCAGAAACAGUAAGAAUUGUUAUGAAAAUAAACGUAGAGAAGAAGACCAAAGAAGAGGUGGUGAUUGGAUGUGAUUGAGAUACAAAUAUGACAGGUGCAUGCGAAGACCAUGUCAUGAGUCUAGUCGACUCAAGACUCCUACUAUUUCUUCUCUUUUCCUAUCACCCAAUUUUUGGAAUCUCCACUGUCGUCCUGAAUUUCUACUCGACUCAAUGGUCAAUGGUUCUAACGGAACUACCUUUCUAAAAGAAUAGAACAUAUAUCUUUAAAUGCAAAUAUUUAAUAAAAUACCAUUAAAGUCUACAUAUUUUAUUUUGCAUAACAUUUAAUGUUCAGUUUAAAAUUAUAUAAAGUUUUACAUACAUAAACUGAAAAACUUUUAAAUUUUUUAUAACGGUAAACAAUAUUUUAAUUUUUGAUUUAAACUCUGUAUAUUACAACAUAAUAUAAUAUAUAUUAUUUAUUGGCGUUUUCCAGCUAUUUGUAUUAUUGCACUGAAUUCUAUUGGAUUGUUCAUCUACCAGUAUGCGUUUGCACUACCCCGGUCUUAUGUGUUUCAUCUAGAAAAACUGCACGAGUGUUCAGCACUCAGUGCGGGACUGACGCACGAGAUUUUUGAGACGAUUGUUAUUACUAUAUUGAUAAAUAUAAAUUUGCAAUCGUACAUUCUAGAUUGUAUUCUAUAAUACAUUAUAAUAUUAUAGCGAAUUAAAACAUUUACAUUUUUUUUUACCCAUAUUCCUUUUUGGUUUUAACCGUGUCAGUAUUGAAUGAAAACAAAUGGGUAAAAAGUGAUUAGAGAAACCUUUGGUUAACUAAAUUGGCAUUUUCCAUGAUUUUCAUACAAAAAAUAUCUAACCAUCGAAUUUUGGGUGGGGGUGGGGAAGCGGAUCCUAAAUUAAACUAUUGGGAGUAGGGACGCUCGACAGUGGGAGAGCGAUUUUUCGUGUUCCAUCCUUAGUAGUCAAUUCUCCCUAAUAGUAUGAACUGGUGAGAAACUCGCCGUGCCAGUAGAAAUUGUUCGGCUGAAAAAAGUGAAAAACGCUAUAUGUUUAAUUCGAUGCGCAUGGCCCUAUCAUCCAUUUUUAUAUUGUGAUUUAUAUGGAUCUAUAUAUUGUGAUAUCUGUGUAAAGAAGACGUUUUCCCCACUUCUACUGUCUUAAUCCAACUACCCUGUAACAUAUAAAAAUAAUGCUUACGCAGAAUAAGUAAAAUUAACUUAUUUUUAUUUUAGAGUAGAAGUACCUAUUAUGAAAUUUAUAGAGAACAAUAUUUUGGAGAGAAUGUUAUGGGUGUUUUUUUUGAAUUAUGAACUAUUAAAAAAGUUACAGUUAUUUAAAAAAGAAAAAACUAAGGUUUUUCUAUUUUUAUAUCAAGCUGUAUGUCUUGAAUGAUAUAAAAACACUAUGACAUUCCCUCUAUAUGUUAUCCGGUAGUUGGUUUCGGUCACCAUGGUAACAAUGAUAAACUGACAGAUUUAACAUUUAUCACAAUAUGAAAGCAUACGAUAAGGCUCUUGUGCCUCGAAUUAAAUAAAUGGUUGCUGUCUGCUUCAAGAAAUGAUACGAACAAUAUUAUAUAGCAGUUAGCUAUUUAGUAUACUAUCUAUAUCUCUGGAUAUAUCUAAUACACAAGACAUGCGAAGUUAAGAGAAAAAUAAUUAAUUUUAGUUCUGCUGCUGCGAUCAUAGACAUAUUUAUCUAUUUACGAGUAAUAACCAUAAAAAUAAUUUUGGUUUUACUUUAUUAUUUUAUUAUAUAUUAUAUAUGUAUGUCUAUGUCUAUGGCUGUGACUGCGAGUUAUAUUAAAUUCGUUUAUAAAAAUGUUUGUUUAAUAGAACAUAUUAUAAAUUUACGAAAUUGAUAAGAAUAAAAAAUUGUGUCCGGCUGCCUUACGAUCUUCAAUCCUGUGCCUGCUAAGUACGAUUACGAUUCGGACUCCUUUACGUAAGGUAUAAAAACAUUAGUAUUGACAGUUUCCAUUGUUUCCAAUCUUGUACAUCUUGGUUCGUGGGUUACACAAGGAGUUAAUAAAAAGCAGUUACAAAGAUUCUUCUCGAAAAUAUAGAAAAACCACGAAAAAUUCUCCUUGAUCUAUUUUAAAUUACUAUUAUGUCAACUAUAAUCAAUUUCUUAUUGUACAUUGUUUGACACCACCUUAGAUUAUUUGUUUUUUUUUUUUUUUUGGAUCAUAUAAUCAUCUAUAUCUUCCAUUGUUUGUGUUGCACAGAAAAUAAUUACUGGAUCUGGGAGGCUUAGGUAAGGGCCAACCGACUCCCCAAAGACUAAUUUUUGGGCACGAGUUCCCAGGUCAUACGGGACUCCAGACCGGCAGAUUCUAUAAACCAGAUCACAAAGACUACACGGGUCAAAGCAUUAAGUUAGGUAAGGCUAGACUCUUUUCCAUCUUCAAUGACGCUUCUCUCCUUCGGUGCCUACGCUAUGUGCCCUCUACUUACCUGGGCGUGGUCUUGGACAUCCGUCUGAUGUUUGGCUUACAUUUCCAUGUGGUCGUUGACAAAACAGUAAAAGCGGCCGUCGCUAUUGGAAUACUGAUGCCCCAAACGUCGAGAGACUCUCAGACGAAGCGGGCUCUCUUCAUAUUUAUCGUGGGAAGCAAGUUUAUGAAGUUAUUAUAAACCAAAUUAUCAAAUUUGUAUAAAGAGAAAUGUUGAUUUUUUUAAUGGUUAACAUAUGCACUAGCGAGUGUGAUCCGAAAUUAUGACAGUAAAUCAUUAUGAUAGGAAGGGGUUAUUUUGAACACAAAACUCGGACGAUAUAGCUACAUCUACUGUAUAUGUAAUAUAGUAAUCAAAGAUUUAACAGGAAUCAGGUUAGUAGCAGAAAACCUGGAAGUUUGAUGAAAUAUUAAUAAUUAAACGUUUUUUUAAAUGGUCACGACGUUCGAAAUCAAACUAUCGAAGAAGAAGAGAAAUAUAGUAAAUGUUAAAUUUGAUAAGAACAUUUUAGGCCGUGGAUUAAUAGUUAGGUCCACCACACAAAACAAUUGUUUUCUUGUGGAUUGCCUGUUGAUAAUCGUGAUAGAUGAUGUGAUGUUGACAUGCUGAAUUUUGUGGCCGAACAUGUCUUAUUUCUUUUCUGGAUUUAAAUGUAGGCUAAUUAGAGAAUAAUAUCUUGUUACGUAGCCGUUUCAGUGAUAAUGUAUCAGUUAUAUCUAAUGUAAAGUAGAAAACCAGGCCAGUAAAAAUCGACGUUUGAUGUGCCAACGCAGUUGCGCAAGCGAACUAUUUUGGUUUUCACCACUGUGACCCGGUUGUUGUGUAACCUAUGGCUUUUUUAUCAAAGUAUCUACUUUAUUGAUUAAUAAUGCAUGAUUAACUCCAAAUUGCGUCAAAUGCUUAUGCAUGCAAUUCGUAUAAAUUCGUCAAAUUGGUUAGCUGCUGUUGAAUUUUAUCGUUUUUAUGGCAAAUUACAGCUGACGAACAAUAUGUUUGACUGCAAUAAACGUAAUUGAUAUGAUAAAAUUUGUUUCGCCAAAAUGUGUAUUAUAACCAUAUAUAAUAAAGAUAAUCAAAUUCUGUUUUUGUUGUAUAUAUUACUCACAGGGAUGAAGACUACAAAUAUUUAUAUUUAAAUUCAAAUUUUUUUCAGUAAAAAAUUUAACUUUUUAUUGUAUUAUUUUAUUAUAAAAAUUUUAAAAUAGUCAUUCUGUAGUUUAUUUUUCUAAAAAAUUUUAAUAUUUCACACAUUUAUAUCCGAUGAAUAGUUUCUAUGUAUCAGCCGUUUUAAAUUCUAUUAAUCCAUGUGAAAAUCGAUGGUAUCUGGAGAAUAACCUAACCGCGUUACUCGGUUUUUUUUACUAAAAAAAAAAAAAAAAAAAUGUAUUUCAAUCCCUCGUCCCUGUGAGUAAUAUAAAAAAAAAAAACAAUAUUUGAUUAUAUUUAAUUUCUGGAGAUAUUCAAGAGGUAUAUCUUCGUGGGACAGUCUGUAUAGACCCCGAAAUAUACUUGUUUUGUGAAUAAAACCUUGAUAUAAACAUAAUUUGUGCGAAAGAUACAGAUUCAGAGUUGACUUUUUCAAGUUCAUAAAAAUGUAUAGACUACUCUUCGAGUUUAAUUUACAAUAGUAUUUUGCAUAGAUCUGUAAUACGAUGAAGAUAAUGUUUAUCUACAUUACGAUCUAUACUAUUUUUAAAUUGAUUGUCAAUUACUGUUGAUGGUAUGAUGUUAUCAGUUAUCAAUUUUUAUCUCAAUUACUACCAAGAAAUGUUAUAAAAUUGCUUAUAACCUCACUGGCUAGUCAACUAAGUCGACUAUAAGUCUGUCUCUUUCAGGCAUAUGUUGGGUUUCAAUAUAUAUCACUAAUGCGCUAUAUUAUAUGUGUAUAAUUCUGACCAUGGAUAUAGAAGCUAUGAUCGUAUGGUGACCUUUAUUGAAUCAGCGUUGAGCGAAUGUUCAAAUUUGAUAAAAAUUUACAUGCUGCUAGUGCCCUUUACAGUCAUGAUUCUAGAACUUGUAUACCAUGAUAUAUAAUAAGUAAUAACCACGAUUAUCUAAAAAGAUUGGAGCAUGUGACUAUAGCCCAUGCAUUCGUUCUGUCGAAGUGGUGUUUGUGUGAACUUUGAGCGCUAGUAGUCAAUGAACUGAUUUAAACAUGUAAAUCAAUAGAAAAAUUAUGGUUAUUCAUAUUUUGCGCUCAAAUAAUUACAUGAACAUAAAAAAUGUUAAGCACCUAAAUUAAGAUUGAACAAUUGCAUGUCAAAUUGAAUUAUUUUGGUGAUUAAAGUAAGUCAUUAACUGCUAGCGCUCAUAUUUCAUAAAAACGCUACUUCGACAAUAAUAACACUCUAACUUGUAAAUAACCGCAGUAAUAAAAAACCAACAAAGGUUUAGAUUUUUUACAUGGAUAAUUUAGUAUCUAUUAUUAUAUAGUAUUACGUACAUAAAAUAUUAAUUAUAGGAGGCGCUAGCAUGACGCGACUUCUUUUGAUUCUUCAUAAGAAUAUUUGAUUAUUAUUGCUAAUGUGCAAUUAUCUAUAUUCCAUAGAUAAUAAAGUAAUGGAUAGGCCAUUCCUAUAGGGUACUUCCCAUGAUUAAAGAUAAUAUACUGUUUGCUGAACGGUUUAUAGCAAGGAGUGGCCAUAUUAUUUUAAACGUGAACCGAAAACUGGGUACUUUCAGUGUGACGAGGAAGAGAAAGGGAGCGUCUAAUUCAUCAACCUAUCGAUUUUUUGGUUUUUUUUUCAAAAUGUGUGUUUUUUAUUUUUAAUGCACAAUCCAUUGGUAUAAUCAAGACUUACCUAUCAUACUUACAUUUAUAGUUUUUGUAAUAAAUUUGUGAAAUAAGAGUCCCAAUGUGGUCACUCCCUCGCUGCGCUCACUCUGACAAUUUUAAUCGAUAAUAACCAUUGAUUUGCUGUGCAAAACCACACCAGGUAAGUAACAAGAAAAAGUAAAAAGCAUUAUAAGUGAAAUUAGAGAUCACUCUGUGAGACCACUUGUGGUCACUCUUGAGAGUUAUUUUCGAUUAAAAUUGUCCGAAUGAGCAAAGCGAAACACGACGCGUUUGAAUGUUUGUAACUCUAAAAUUAAGUCAGAUAGACUUAUUCUGACCUCAGUAAAGAACCUUUGUUAUCAAAAUAUCAAUAACUACAAAUAAUUAUAAUAAUACAAAUGAUUAUUUUUGAUUCCAUUUAGAUUAGUUAUGAAAAUGCUACUUUUCGAGGCUUAUGUACAAAAACUAUAAAAGUAAGUAUAAUAGGUACAUUUUGAUUAUACCAAUGAAUUAAGCAUUAAAACACAUUUUGGAAAAAAGAAAUUUAACUAAGAUAUACGUGAAACGGAAAACUUGAACUUCAUGAAGUUUUCCUCUAUAACUUCCAAACGAAGUUCGUCCGACUUUUUUUUUUACAUUCCUAAUGUACACCAAAAAAACACAUUAUGAAAAAAAUACUAUGUCGAAGUCUAAUUUCUCCCAUCAAGUGGACUGCCAAAUGCUAAAUUACCGCCAGAUAUGCGGACUACGAUGCGCUUAGGUCGCCGCUGACUUGCGAUCUCUCAGCGCACGGAUUAUAGUUAAUUUUGCAUUAGGAAAAUAAUUAUUUAUAAAUGUUCCCACGCAAAGAUAUAACCUGGGUGUUUCUAAAUGGAAGACACAAGAACCAGAUUGAUAAUUUAUUUGUCAACAACGGAUUUAAAAACUGUAUAACUAACUAAUAUAAGAACAUUACAUACGCAGACUGUCCAUCUAUUAUUGGAUAAUGGUAAAAUUCAAGCAUUGUAAUUAUAAACAACCUGCUUUAGAUAGAUGAUGUUGAGAAGUUAUGAGAAUAUUCAUAAAAAUUACAAUAGCAAAAUCGGCGAAAAUCUAAAUGAACAACAGAUGUAAAACAUAAAUGAGGUAAAUAAUGUUUGUAAUCAAAUUGGAGAUACUGUAUAAGGAGUUUUAAAUAUGGCAGUUUGAAUAAAGUAGAAGAAAAAGAAACCUUGGAUUAACAAGAUAUGUGAAAAUGCGGUACAGAGAAGAAAAGUAGCAAGAAUGGCUAAAAGAUACCAAUAAGGUGAUAUAUAUGUAAACAUAGGAUGCUAUACUCUGUCUCAAACUAGGAACAACGGUUUGCUCAUCGUUGUUGAAGCACGUGACUCGAUUUCAGAUGUUCGAUAAUAUAAUCGUUAAUGAGAGUGGGAAAUAUAAUAUCCGAUCCGGUUAUUGUUACAGUGAACUCAAAUCUAAGAGCCAAGAUGAUUCACUGUCACCAAUUUUAUUCAAUAUAGUUUUUGAAAAGGUCAAAAAAAAAUAUUAGCAAGAUAUACUAAUAUAUUUAAUAGUAUACGAAAAUUACACAGUACUAAUAGAGAAAUCGCAAGAUAGCCUGAAGAACUUAUUUGGUAGACUUAAUAAAAUGGCAACAAAGGGAAGAUUAUCUGUAAAUUAAAUAAAACGAAGUAUAUGGUUUUGAGCAAACGUGAUUCUCCACUUAGUCAGUCCUUAAUAAUUAAUAAGUUUGAAUUUAAAAGGGUGGAGCAAUAUAAAUAUUUUGGUACUCUUUUGAAUGAGAAAGUGAGGUGAUUACAAGAAUUUAAGCAGGGAAUAAAUGCUAUUAUGGGUUUUUGAAGUUACUAAAUUCACGAGCUUUGUCACGAAUGAUGAAAAAACAGUCAUCUUGUAUAUUUCUGAAACAUAGCCGCUCAACAAAUAUAAGUUAAUAAUUUUUUAAUGAAAAAUGUUGCAGAAAAUUUACGGCCCAGCUAAUAAUAAUACUAUAAAACUGAUGACUGAAAACGAAUGCAAGCCUAUGCAACUCUCCAACUAAUUUACACAAACCAGAAGUGUUCUUAUUGGUCAGAGUGGAUUCUAGUAUCUCGCUCUAGUAAUGAUUUGUAUUUUAAUAAUUUAUUAUUUAUACAAUAAUAAAACAUAUUAUGGUACUUGACCGCUAGAAAGCGCCAUCAAAGCGGGAUCCGACAAAAAGAUCUCAUCUGGCGAUCAGUUGUCAGAUCUAAUAAUUUAAGAUGGUCGUUAUAAAUACCACAGAAUAAUGACUUCAGUUGUUAUUACAGUCAAUUACGGUACCAAGUUAUUGCAAUACAAGUUUUAUACACGGACUUGGAUUAUUAGGUCUGGCAAAUGAUUCCCGGAUGUGAAGCAUUUGUCAGGUCCCGCAUUGGUGGCACCAUCUAAUGGUUAAGUAUCAUAAUGUGUUGUAUAUUUGUAUAAGAAACUAUUAAAAUACAAAUUACUACUAGAGCGCGCCACCAGACAGUAAGAGUUCGACAACUGGUUUGUGUUAAUUAUAUGGCUGUUUCCUAAUUGACUAGCCUUGCUUAUAGAGUAGCUAAGGUAGUAACCGGUCAGACAUACUACAGCGGUAUACAGUACAAUCACAUCAGCGUUAUCAUUGCAUUUGUAUAAUCGGUUUCACAACACUAAACACUCGAUCAAAGCGCGACCCGUGGACUAAGAUUGCUACUACAUUGUUUCCCAAAUGCGCGCCAAUUUAUAAUCUUUUUUAUUUUUUUUAAUCAUUUUAAACAAUAACAAAAACAUUUUUUUUUUUUUACAGUUUCUUUGAAUAUAAUUUAUUAAGUAGAUUAAAUAUGAUUUGUGUACACAUAAAUAUUUUUUUUAUAUUCAAAUCUCUGAUAGUUAAAGCAGGAACACGUACGUACGUGCCCUCUCCCGUUUCGUAUAACAGCAAAACGUGUAUACAAACACGUGACGUGUCUACGAGUAAAAUACUUCGAUAUAAUAGCAGUUCUUAACUAUACAUUGGUUACUAAAAUGUGAAAUAUACCUGACAGCUGUCAUUAUAUUUUGUUUAAUUUGGCGCAUUUUUAUACGAACAUUUUUUUUUGAAACCCUGAUAAGAAUUGACCACGGGUCACGCUUCGAUCGAGUUCCUAGUGUUGUGAAACCGACUAUAGUACAAUGUACAAUAAUACCGCGUAAAAAUCAUAAGUUAUGCGUGAAGAGUACUUUUUAUCGAUGACCGUUUUACGUGUACUAUAGGUCAGUCUAUUAGGUCUAUUAGGUCUAUUAAGGUCUAUGGUAAAUUGGUUGACGAGUGGCAUAAGCCUAAUAACGACCCAUUGCUCGUUCGGUAACCAGUAUAUUUCUAAUCGUGGUAAUUUUUCUAUGGCUUUCCCUAUAGCAUAGAUAAUAUAUGCAGAACUCUAUACAUGGAAUGCGCUUUAGGCUGCUAAAUGUGACCCCUAUCAGACAGUGCCAUAUUGAUUCCGUGUAUGGAAUAAAUUCAUGGAGAAAUUUACCAGGUGUUAUAUUUCAUGAUAAUAAUGUGCGUAUUAUAGUGUAUUUUGAGAAUUACAUAGGUAGGUACUAGAGUAGAGUAUAUUCUAUGUAAUUACCUAUAUUAAAAGACACUUAAUAACAUACUAAUCCUAAAUUAGAUUGAUUAUUUUACAAAAUAUAUAAUACUAAGGCCCCUCUUACUUUUUUAUUUUUAGAAGGAGUUCUACUAAUUUUAAAAAUUGCAGCUUAAUUUAAGAACACAAUUAAUUAAUACAUGUACUAGUAUAUUAUUUUUUUUUAUAUCACACUUCUUUCUUUCCUAUUAUUUAAAUAAUGUUAUUAAAAUUAUAUAAUAUUUUAAAAUUUAGUCACUAAGAUAUUUCUGAAAAAAUAGCAAUUUUGAGUAGUCUCAUCGACAAACACUUGUUCAUUAACCUAGAUUUCACAUUUUUGACUCUGAAGAAAAUCAUAUUGCAAUUCUGAUAAAAGCUGUAUGUCUAUGUUUUAUCAGGAUAAGAAAUUUCCAUGAAAUAAAAAAAAUUAAUUAUGAUAUGAAAAAAUAAGCGAAAAAUGUCAACACCAUUAUCAAUACUUCAAAGUGAUAAUUCUUACUAUUUAUCAAUACCUAUUUACUAUCAUCCUAUCGGCUAUUUUUGAUGUUUCCAUGUUUUUCAUGGAGUAAACACCAUCGGAAUUAAUAUAGCGGCCUCCUAUCGGGGGACACUUUUCAAUACACAAAUAUGCAAUGCGAUAGAACAUCCCUAUAUAAAGAAUGGAGAACUAUUAACAAAUGGACUGCGCUUUCCGUACUAUUGACUUAUCGAUAAUUGUCGCCAAUGUAGUGUCAGGGUAAUUGCGGAGAAAAAUAUAUUAUACCAUAAGUCAUUAUUUUAUCAAAUUUAUUAUUACUUAUCACAUAUCUAUGAAAUAAUCAUAGACAUAAAUUAUUGGUAUGCGUCACACAUUUUGUAUACAUGAAAAAACAAAAUUCAUUCGAAUGCUCACCUGCUUGUGAUGUGCGACGCACAAAUAUGUUUUCGUGUGUAUAUGCCUUGUAAGGUUGGCGUAAUCGAAGUUGUUAUCAAAAUCAGGACUACUGUACCCGACUUUGUUAUCAGAGUGAUUAUUAGAUAUUUGAUAAUAAUAUAGAUAAUAUUGUGUAAUCUUCAAUAUAAUUGUGCCGCCAGCGAAUCUAGAAGUUUAACCGUCGCGUGAAUUAAGAUAUACAGUAUACCGAAGAAACAUAUGUAAGUGAAGCUCCAACCUUCUCACUUUUGGCAAGGCUACUAACACUAUCUAGUGUAAUCUUUACAAACUGUCAAUAUUUAUUAUAGAAUAGUCUAGACCAUGAUAAAAUAUAUAUUAUGCAAUUUAUUACACACCCUACUCCUCCAGUCUAAACUUUAAACUGGUUUUAGUUGAUUUUUUAUACCAAUUUUGUCUUAAAUCGAUAGCUGUCAUAUUAAACAGUGAAAACCGGGUGGACUCAAAAAGACAUUGAUAAGGCAUUUUCGUUCAGUAUCCUGUAUAUCUUAAUUUGUGGUUCAAUUGAAUGUGGCCGACAACGACCAAUGACUAAACAUGAAUGAAACCUUUUACUUUGAUAUUGUGGUGUUAAUGUACCAUCAGUAACGCUAAAACAAAAAUGUAUUAUAUUAUUAACAAAUUUGUUCUUUUUGUUCAUAAAUAGUAGUCAUAUACUUAUCUAGACUUGGUGGUAUUGUCUUCAAUUGUUGUAAAAAUCUUAACUAGAUCGCGCCACGGAACAGUGAUAUUUUCGAUAAUAACCUUAGUGGGGUCGUCCAUCAUAGACUUCAUGUCUAUUUGGCCGCCAUAGCAACUGAUAUAGAUAAUAUACUACAUAUUUAACAGUUACUGAUAGUAGUCUCUUGUAAAAUAUAUUGUCCAUAUAUUUAAUAGAUAGUAAAAAUAAACUGUUUAUAUCAUGAUUGAAAUGUACCAGAUUAUAUAUUUUAAUCAUGGUUUAUAUUACUAAUUAUAUAAACGAUUCUAAUAAUGAACUUAUUUUACUUUUAAAUAAUUAUGAUAACUGUUAAAUCUGUAUCUUUUCUGUUGUUACCGUGGUGACCGAGGCUAAGAUUUUUAACAAUAUUACACAGAUAUAAUGGUUAUCACAAUAUACAAAUAGACCUUAACACGUCAUACAUGCUACGGUUUACCGUGGACCUACCUUGCGCUGGUAGGCCGGAGCAUGUGUGGGAAUAUACCUGUGCAGUAUUUUCAACCGGCGCAAAAUCGAAAAUCAAUUUUUUCUAGUUCAAGAUAACAAAGAUAAUUUAUUAAUUAAUCCGAAUAAGAUACGACUACUCGGUUUUGCUGAUGAUAUAGACAAUAAACGAUCGCUUGCAGACACAACUUAUGCAACCUGUACUAUAAGAAGCAGCGAAGGAAGUAGUUCUUGAAAUAAAUUCUGAAAAAACAAAGAUAAUGUAAUUCAUUGUAAGUAGGGAAAGUCUCAGUGAGAUGGAGAAAUUAACAUAUGACAAAGUUAGCGAUUUUUAAUAAUUGGGAGCAAAGUUAAGCACGAAGAAUGAUAGGUCAAAAUAAUUAUGUAGAAUACAUAAAGCCCAAAAAUCAUUUUAUACACUGACUAAAUUCUUUAUAUUCAAAAUGCUGUUUAGAAAAACGAAAGUGAAAUUGUACGUAGCUAUUAUAAUUUAUAAGACCCUCCUAUGUAUGGCAGCAAAACUUGGAUGACAACAAAACAGACACAGAGAAACUUAAAUACAAAGUGUGAAGAAAAAUAUGUGAACCUGUCAUCAAUGAAACAACAGGGAAUUGGCGAAGAAGUUACAACAAAAGAGUUGUACGAUAUUUUGAAACUAGCACCAGUUACAAGCUUUGUUAAGGGCCAGAGGAUACAGUAUUUAGGCCAAUUAAUGAUAAUAGAAGAGAACGAAGCAGUUAGAAUAACAUUGUAAUGAAAGCUACAAGGAAAAGGACCUAGUAAAUGAUGGAUUGACAUAGUAGAAGAAAAUCUGAAAAACCCUAGAAGUUGAGAACUGGAGAGAAGUAGUCCAGGAUAGAAUCAUGACGGAGUGUAGCAAUGUAGUAAUGGUUGCAAAAACAUAGAGUAGUCAUGCUAGAAUACGCUGUUUUUUAGCGAAAUAGCAGAUUGUUGUGCAACCAUUCUAUCUAUAAACGUGGUCUAAACUACAUUAUAAUAAUCCGUAUUCUACUUUCUAUACAACUUGUCUAACAAACUUUGGUUGUUUUAUAUAAAUGAUGAAUAAGUAGUGUCUUUUUUUCUAUCUAAAGAUUUGAAGUUGAUUUAAACUGAAAUACAAAACUAAUUUAUUUAAACUAUAUACCACUUUAAACCAAAACAUAGAAAAAUUUCAACAUUGUAUUGUGGAUAAUUUUUUAAAUGAUUUAUCACAAUUUGAGAUUUUAAAAUAAUGAACGUUUUUAAGAUUAAAAUAUAGGUGUAAUCAUAGUAUUAUCUAACGUGUUAUAACAUACAAUGUAAUAACAAAAUCAUGUUCCUAAACUAGAAUCGAUAAUAUGCUGAAUAGUCCACUAUAUUGAGAAAUGUGUUUAAGGACACUUGUAUAAUAGGUACCAAUAAGUUAUAUUUUCAAUAACUAUCUAAUAUUCCAUUGAAUACUUCAGUAUAUUUUAGUGUAAAUUUCCAUGUAGGAAGGUAGGUACCAUAGUUUUUCAGUAAAAAUUAAACAAAUAAAUAUUUUAUCUUACGGCACUUGAGUAAAUACUGGAAUAAACAGAAAACCCCUAUCCAUUUUAUUUAAAACAUUUGUUUGAAUUUACUGAUGAUAAACAAUUAUUAUUUGAUAUGGAGUUAUAUUUGGUAAUAUAAUUUUAAUAUGUGUGUAUAUAGAUUUUAAAUUUUAUGUUAAUUUGAUAUUAUAUAUGUUUAUGUGAAAUCAUGAUCAAUUAAAUAAUAAUUAUGAUUUUGUUGUAUUUAUGUACAUAUGUUUUUUUUCUUUUAAAUAGUAAUAUUAUUUAUAAAUUUAUUAUUAUAGUUGAUUCAGAUAUUGGCGAAAAUACUAUCAUUGACGUAUCUUCCGGAGUGGGGUUUAAUAAAUAUGUGGAUUGUCAAGAAACAUUGGUCGAAUUGUCAUUUAUUAAAUGGCUAUCUGGUUUUCGGGAAGAAUGUCGUAGAACAGUAAGCCUUAAAAAUAGAGACCUCUUCUAUGGCUUACUUAACUUUUUUCAUGUGUAAGUAAAAUUAAAAUUAUUUUAUUGCAUAUGCUUACUGUUACUUACUAUAAGAAUGAUGUCUUUAAAUAUCUAAUAUAUCAAUAAGAUUUUGAUUUUUUUUUUUUCACAAAACUGAUUUUAUUUGUGUUUUACAUAUAUUAAACAAAUCAUCUUAUAAAAAUUAUUUUAGUAUAAAAGUAGGUAUAAUUUUUCUUUUCUUUUUCAGUUGAGCUUUUAAUAUAGGCAGUUUGUUAAUUUAAUGAAGUUUGAAUAAGUUAUUACUUAUUGGUGUUAUCAGAGGUCAGGAAUUAUAAAUACUUAAAAUCAAUAAAAUAACGAUACCAAAUAAAGAAAGACUCUAAUUUAAUAUUUGAACUUUUGAAUAAUAUGUUAAAAAACUGCACUCGUGAAUUUCUAUUGUAUACAGUGACGAGUGACGAUGGACACUGCAAGUAGAUAAGAUAACAAACAAAAUAAGAGUUUGAACACUGAUAAAACCAUAGACCUUGUACCUUAGAUCAUAUGCUAUGGAAAGAGCUACUGUAUGAUAAACGCGUACUACGACUGUUUAGUGUUUACGAGUUGAAGAAAUCAUUAAUGACUAGUAUUAAUGGGACUGAUAUCUAUUGCGCAUGAAAAUCAGUACUCAUCGCAUAUUUAUCAUAUUAUACCAGCAGACAGUGAUUAAUUGAUUUGAACAAUUUAUUUUGCACAUGUGCAUUUGUUCCAACUCCCUUUCCAUCAAAUAUUUAGUCUAUCUAUAUUAUAUUAUAAUCUAAGCCUUAUACUAAGUAUAAGAUCUAUAGAUAAAACCCAGAUAAAUUAUCAGUGGUUUAGGUAAUUACACAUAUUUCUAUAGUACAAUAUAGAUAUCUGUUGGUGAUUACAAACACGAUUAAAGACAUAUCUUUAGUUACAAAGUAUAAAAUACUAAAAAAAAAAAUAAUUUCAAAUGUCUUAUUUGAACUAGUGAUAACAUAAAUGUCCAUUUGAUUUAACGACACGCCAAAACAAUAAGCAAAUGAUAAAGUCUUGAUCUCUGUGGUUUUUACUUUUAACAAUAUUAUAGUUCAUAGCUUCACUAAUAGAUAGAUCUUAAAAGUCAUUUCCAUAGAAUAUCACUGGUCAAUGAUCAAUAAUUGUUAAUUAUUAUCACAUAUAACUUUGUUUCUUUUGUAUUUUUUAAAUCAACUUACUUUUACAGUAUCAAUAAUCAUAUUAUUAGGCGCUAAAUAAAUUUAAUUAUAAGUACUACUACAUAUUAAAUAAAUAUAUUUAUUAUUAAUUUAUGACAGUAAUUUUGUUUGUUUACAGGAAUUUAUCCUCAGAAAUAGUUGACUGCAGGAAUAAAAUUAAUAAAUCUUUUCUUUUAAAAACCUAUAUGGAACAAGCUUUGAUUUUCUUCCAUACCUAUCAUAAAGAGUUUCAAGUAAAUAUAUGUGUUACCUAUUUACCAUUUAUCAUAUUCAUUUAAAGAAAUUAUACAACUAUUUAAUGUAACUUUUUUUUUUUUUUUUAAAAUCUAGCAUUUUAUCAUGAAGUAUUUUUUUUGUAUACGCUUUUCCAUACAAAUUUACAGUACAAUAUAGAUAACUAAUGGAUGUCAAAAAAAUAACUACCUACACAUUAUUAACUAUUACAUUUGACUUUGUUCAGAUGAAUGGUUCCCAUAGUGAACAACUUUUCUACCAGCAAUAUUACUCCAAUUUAUAGUGAUAGCAAUUUUUCCAAAAAGAAAUCUGUAUGGGGAGGUACUUUAGGGAGAUUAUUUUUCGAUUUUCCCAAGAGUUUUUCCAGUAAAUGUGAAAAACCGUCGUAAAACGUAGGAAAAAUCGGUGCAACAUUAAACAAGUAUUAUUAAAGAAAAUAUAUAAAGCAUAUUUAAUUAUUUUAUAUUACUAGAGAGCAGAUUUAUAUUCUCUUAUAGUCCACGAAAAGGCACUUUAAAACAUUAAAAGCUUCCUGAAAAAAAGCACUUAUAAAAAUUUAAAAAGCAAAAAUGUUAGAUGAGUUCAAAAGUCCCCCUUUAAGCAGAUUUAACUUAUUAAAUAACAUUUUCUAACACCACAAAAAUGGUUAAUAAAAAGUAAUUAUUUUGUGUGAAUCAUUUUUGUAGUGUUAAGAAAUUAAAUUUAAUAAGUUAAAUCCGCUUAAAGGGGGACUUUUGAACUCUUCUAUUAUUUUUGUUUUUUUUUUUUAAAUAUUUGUAAGUGCUUUUUUUCAGUGGUUUUUUAAUGUUUUAAAGCACAUUUUUGUGGAUUAUGAUAAAAUAUAAAUCUGCUCUCUAAAUACGAUAUAUAUAUAUAUUAGCGACAAAUCAUCACUAUCAACUAAACUCUGCUAAGAAUCGUUUUUUUGUAAGCUAUGGUUUAUCAUUACUUACUGGUAUACAUUAAAUUACCUAUAACAGUGGUUGCACCUGUCUCCAUUUUCCUAGGACGUCUUAUUUUUAGUAUUAUGUACAUAAUAUUUUGAUGAUACACAAAGAAAGUUUAUAUUAUUAGGAGUGAUUAUAAAUUUUUUUUUUUGGUGGAAUGAACAUCUACCACUUGUCUUUACUUAAGAUUCUUGAGGUGGUUGAACAUUAAAAUGUUUUUUCCCAUUUUUUUUUAAUUGUUUGAUUUUAUUUAUAAACACAUUGAAUAUUAAAAUGUGUUGAGUAAGAUCCUAAUACAGCAAUUUUAAUCAAAUAACUAAUUCUAAUUUAUGGUUCUAUUUCAGGAUCCACUGUUUGUGAUAUAUUAUGACAAAAUGAGUUCUUUGUUAGCAUACUACAUAGAUUUGAAAAUAAUGGCCUCACAGUAAGUUAUCAUUUUUUUUUUUUUUUAUUUACCCAGUGACAUUAUUAAUUUUAAUGGAUUGGCUUCAAUUAGUUGAAAAACUAUCAAACCAAUUUAAACAAAUAAUUAUUACUCCGAAAUUGCAUAAAAUAGAAAUUAGCUAUCUGUGAUAAUACAUGUAAAUUAUUAAUUUUAUCAACUCAUUCUCUUUAUAAGUAAUACAAAUAUAAUGCUAUUUAUUUACAUUGCAUUUUAAAUAUAAAAAUAUGUAAAACUACGGAUAAUUAAAGUAUUAUUUAAUUAUAAUAAUUAAAAAAGAAACAUUUUAGGUAUUUCUUUCAGAGUUUUGAUUUUUAAACUUUUAUAAUGUAUAUAUAUAUAUAUAUAUAUAUAUAUAUGUAUACACAUAUAUUUAAUGGAAAUAUGAAUACACUAGGUUUUUUUAUUGCAAAGAUUGACAAAUUAAAUACUUACAAGUUUUAAUUAUUAAUGCUACUUAAUACUAAUAAGUAAUAAUACAAUUUAUUUUUAACAAUACUCUAUUUCUCAAUAAAUGUUUUAGGCGUAUGGAAAAUGAAAGAACCAAAGAUAAGUUAUGGAACAAAAAAAUUUCUAGUAAAAUCAGUACUGCACUGUCUAUUUUUUUAAGUAAUAAGCAAAACUAAAUACAAUUUAAAUAUUAAUGUACAUGUACAUAAUUAUUUUUUUCUUUAUAGAUAACAACAUCGAUCUUAUGUUUGAUGCAAUAUUUCAAUUGUACUAUUUAUUUUAUGGUUCUACACAUAUUCCUGUAGGAUCAAUAAUGCUUCCAAUUUUUAAGUAAAUAUUUUAUUUUACUACAUAAUUCAUUUUUGUUGUAAUUAUAUUUAAUGGUUAAAUAAUUUAUUACAUUACAGAAAAUUGCUUAUUGAACAACAUAUACCCCAAGAAUUAAAGUUUUUAACUUAUUUAAGAUAUAUUAUAUGUUUUAAGCUGUGGAAAAAAUCUAUUAACAGCUCAAAUCUUAGUCCCGGCCAGAAGAGAAAAGAGUUGGAACAAAUACGAUUUACAGUAAGAAAAUUGACUCCACCCCACGAUUUUAUGGAACAACAUCAAAAAUAUAAUUGGCCGAAUUGGCCAAAGUUGACAAUAUCUUUUAACAGUUUACCACAUAUGAUGAAUAUGGAUUUAAAAAAAGUUAAUAUGGUUUUAUACACUACAAAUUUAUCACUCAAGGAUUGUAUCAAGGUAAAUGUUAUUUUUAAAAUAAAAUAAAAUGUAUUAUGAGUAGGGCUCUUCAAAUUUAUUCUAUAGAAGAUAAAUGUAUAACUUGCUGGCUCUUUUUUCUUUAUUGGAUAUAUUAUAACAAGUUAUAAUUUUUCAAAUAAUUAAACUACAAUUAGUACUGCAAAUUAUUUGUUUAUUGAUGUUUUAUUUUAAUGCCAUUGAUAUAAUAUAUUAAGCCUGUUUUAAGUUUCUCAUAUUUGUUUUAUUUUUAUAAAAACAAAUCAGGUUUAUAAAUAGUUGGUUGUAGUCAAUCAAAUAGUGAAUUGAUAAAAAAUGAAUCUUGCAAUUUUAAAAGUAUUUAGUUCUUAGAUGUAUUGUAAAUUCUAUUUCAUUUUUUUUAAUUGUUCAAUUAAAGUUAUAAUUGAUAGUCUUUAUGGGUUAAUUAAUUGUAAGUCAUACUGGGUAUUAAUUUAUCAAAAGUAUUCAUUUGGGUUAUUAGUAAUUGUAGUAGAAUUACUAGUGAUCAUUAGUUACAUGGGCGUAAUCUCUGAGUGUGCAAGAGGUGCACGUGCUCUCCCUUGAUUUUUUUGUGAGGUACAAUACUAUCAAAAAUAAACCCUGAUUUGUUAUGCAAAACCAUGUCGGAUAAUAUUUUAUUUUGUAAGCUGUUUGUUAAUAUGCGACAGGUUCGGGUUUCCGAAAACGUAUCUUAUCAUUUUUUGUACAAGUGAUAUUCACUGCUUAUAAAUGAGGAUUGUGAUACCACAAAAUAGAUUAAUAGUGAUACUACGAAAAUACAUGAUCUUGAAAAUUGUUGCUAUGCUCUCAAUAAUCAUAAGGGAACGGAUUUGUAUGCACUUAAAAACAGCAAAAAAGCGCUGAAAUCAUUAAAAAAGAACUUCAAAAUAUUUAAAAAUUAAAAGUGGUAUAGUGGUUUUAGUCCCACCUUUAAUGGCUCUACUUUGAGGGACUUUAAAACCCUUUUAUCUUCAUUGUUCUUUUAAACAUUUGUAAGUGAUUUUUUUAAGCUUUUUGAUGUUUUUGAUAAUUUUUUAUGGAUUUUAAAGCAUAUAAAUCUGUUCCCUAAGAAUCAUAUAUAGUCUUUGUGAGCCAUUUUACUUACAAGCAUUUAUAUUAAUAUUUAUUAUUAAAUGCACUUCUCCUGGGUUUUUUUUUUUAUUUAGUUAUUUUAUUACUUAGAUACAUAAAUGUCAGUUUUGCACUCCCUGAAUUUUAGCGAAAUUACACCUAUGAUUAGUUAUCAUCAUGGUUACUCGGUGUAGAUAUCCAGGUACUAACAUUUAUUGAAAUAUUAUUCUUAUUAAUCUUAAAGCAAAUUGUAAGUUGUCAACACAAAAAAAAUAAAUAUUAAUAUAAAUAGAUUCUACAAUUUUGUGGCUCAUAACAUUUAUUUUAAUUAAAAUAUUGUGUAGCAUAAAUUAUUGUUUAGGAAUAUAAUGUGUAAUCUAUUAUUUUCAUUACUAUAAUGUACAUAAUAUCAAAGUUUUUUAAUAAUACUUUUUUCGGAUUAAAUUGUGUAUGGAAAUUUAAAAUAAUAUGCUACUUGCAUGUUUAAUACAAUAAAAAUAAAAAUAUACUUAAUUUAAUUGUAUACUUUAUGUUCUCUCGUAACUCUCAUAUUUUAAUUAUAGUUUAUUGUUAGAUUAUCCAAUUUUUCAAGUAGCCUAAAAUUUCAGAGCACUAGUGGCAGAUUUAAGAUUUCUCAUGGGAGAGUUUAUAUAAAAAAUUGUAUGUACAUAAUACACAUAUUUAACUAUACAUAUAUAUGUAUAAAUAUAAUAUAUUAGGGUGGUUUUUAUUUAUAAGAAAAACAAAGACUAAUAUUUUUGAUUACUUUACCCUCACGUUUUGUUCAUUAUUAUAAAAAAGUAAUUUUUGUUAAAUUUGAUCAAACUCAACCCUAUCAUUUACUAUAAAUGAGUUGAAAAUGACAAAACCCGAUUGUUUUGGUGUUUUUUUAAUUUAAUGAAAAAAGUAUUGCACUAUUGCACAAAAAAUGUAUACCUGAUAAAUUAUAGAUAUUUAUACUACCAAUGAAAUUUACAUUUAUGACAUUUCUUAUAAAUCUAUUAUUUCCCAAAAAAAAUGAUAAAAUACCUAAUAUUUAAUUUAUUUUACAAAAUUGGUUUUUAUAUAGUUAUUUAUAUAUUUUAGUAUAACGGUUGAUGAUACAACAAAAAAUCUAAAUUAAAAAUGAUAAAAAAAUAAUUGAAUUAUAACUUUAAUUUUGAGCUACUCCUCUCUCAACGAAGUCAUUGAAAACUUUCAUACUUAAGUAUAACCAUGUGAUUAAUCAAAUUGGCUAUAAAUAUUUUUCUAUAAACCAAUAAAACACAAAUUUAAACAAUAAACAAUGAUAAUCUUUUCAUAUAAAUAUUGUAUUUUUAGAUGUUAUAAAAUUAAUUUUUAAAUGAACAAAUUUUAAUAAUAUAAAUAGUAUGUGCCAUCCAUUAAGCUUGAUGUACUGUUCCAGAGUGAAUAAAUAUUAUACCUACCUCUUGUUAGGUAGGUACAACACUAUUAAGGUGGAUAAUUAUAAGUUCUAACAAAUCAUUGUAAUCCUCACGUGAGUGAGUUUAAAAUUAUUGUUCUUUGCAAAAUAUAAUAUUUAACUUCUUUCUCAUUAGCUAUUUCUUCUAAGACUUGAAUCAUGCCAUUUUUGAUUUUGACGUUAAUUCCCUAAGUAUUUAAAAUCUCCAAACUUUAAAAUUUAUAAUCACCUACUCUUAUGGAAUCUAUAUUUGGCGGUCUUUAUGAUACAAAAAUGUAUUUAGUUUUCUCUUCGUUUGGACCCAUCCAUCACCACAAUACCAUCUGUAUACACUAACAUAACUUAUUCAUUACUUAUUUCCAUUUUUCGAGAGUCAAGUUAAAUAAUGCAAGUGAGAGAGCAUCUCCCUGCUUAAGCCAUAUUUUACUUCAAAAGGUUCUAAAAUACCUUGUAAGUAGCGCACUCUACAUAAUGUUAUUUCUUAGCAUUUUUUAAUUAAGUUAUAGUUUUCUAUUCUAGUGGGUUUCUCUUCUUAAAUUAUUGUUUAUGAUUUUAUGGAUGUUAUCGCUGUGCAGUUUUCAACUAACGCGAAAAAACGCACAUAAUGUGGUUACAUAACAAUAAAUAAUGGAUUUAUUUUGGGUUCCGCAGUAAAAUAUUUCCACCCUCAUGUGUUUAGGUAUAUUUAAGAUAAUGUUUCUGGAUGCCGCACAAUAUUUCAACAAGUGUAAUGCUCUAAAAAAAAUGUGUUGUAAAUACUACUGCGUACUUACUCAAAGGUAGAAGAUUCUAGAUACGCAUUUAAAUUUAAUAUUGUCACAUUUUGAUAAAAAAAUAAAAAUAAAAAAUAAAUUCAUACAAAUAAUAUUUGUUUAAAAGUAAAGAAACUAAUAUUUCUUUAUUUUAAAAAGUCUGAAUUCCAUUUAGCGAUAUACGCUAAAUAAUUUUUAUUAGAUAUAAGUGAAUUUAUAUGAUUCAGUAAUUUAUAUGUGUAUACAUAAUAUUUUUAAAUGUUGGAUUUGUACAUUGUAUGCAUGCAUUAGUUAUUAAUGUGUAUUGUUUAUAGGAUAUAUUGGAUACUUCAAGAAAAGAUAUUCCAAAAUUAAUGAAGCCAAUUAUUGAGCAAUGUGUAAGCUUACGUCCAGAUUUAUAUUCAGUUGAUGGCAAAGAAGUGUUGGAUGCCUGGGUAAGAAAAGACAUUUUUUUUAUAAUCAAAAUAGUGUUAUUAUAUAUUGGUAUAAAUUGAAUUUUGCUGAAUUAAUCAAGGGGUUGAUAUUCAAAAUCUUUGUAUUAAGUUUGUACCUAAUAUAAAAUUUAUCAUAUCAUAAUUGUGUUAUAAUAGUAAAUAUGUAAUAAUUAAAAUACAAAUCGAUAUGUUAUGAUAAUUUAAUAUGAUAAUAAGCUUAGCAUUUUAAUUCUAACAAAUUUUUUUGGUUAUAUAGUAAAUAAAUUACAUUUUAAAUUAUUUUAUGCAUUAUUUAUGUGAAAAUAUGUUUUACAGAGAUUUUUUUUAACACAAUUUUCCAGUAUACUAGCCACAAAUACCUAAGCUUAAUAAUUAAUAUCUCUGGUACAUUUAAUAUCAUUUUAAUAAUAGGUUUAAAAACCGUAAGUGUAUUAAUGUGGAAACAAAAAUCUCAUUAUAGAUUUUAAUGUUAGUGAAGUAUUUAGGACCUUUUUUGGGGGGAAAGAAAGGGGUGGUGGUGAUAUUUAUUUGUUAAAAAUAUGAAGAUAAAAUCACAAAAUUAUAAUAAAACUAUAUUAAUUAUUGAACAAAUAUUGAUACAGUUCUCUUAACUGACAUCUCUAAAAAGCAGGCGCUAUUUUGGGAAUGAGGAUAUUUUUACUACUUACCUAUAGGAAAUUCUAUAAAUACAGGACACUAAAUAAAUUUCAUUUUUUCCUUUUGAAUAGCAGACAAAAUUUCAAUUACCAAGAGUGUCCAGUAUUUAAAAGUUUCAUUUUAUAUUUUUUAUAACAAUUUACUGCAAAAAAGAGUUUAUUUCGGUUAUAGACUUAUUUGGGGAGGGGGUGGUAUAUCAAUUCUCAUAAUCCUCAUUUUGUACGUUACUGCAUCUGGUUAACAUUUUUUUCUCUUAUAUUUUAUGGAACAUUAGACCACGUAUGACUUUGGGUGUUAAUUAAAUUUUAAACUUAGUUAUUUUUAUUUGAAUAUUUUAAUUAGUAUACUUUUUAUUGUAAAAUGUUACAAAAUCAAUCAAAAAAUUUAAGAUAUAAGACACUAUUAUAAUAUAAAAAAAAAUGAAUUUGAUUUCAUGACAAAUAUUAAAAUAAAUUUAAUUGUAAGAUUCCUUUUUAUUGGUAAAUUUGUAUGUAUUUAUUUUAAAUUGAUGAUAAAUCAUUACAACUUACUAUAUUAUUAAGUUGGAUAAAUUAAUAUUUGAUCAACGAUAUUAUAAGUUACUCACUACAUGAUAAAAAAGUGUGAAUAAAAAUGUUGAUGCACUCUCUUUAUACACUAGACACAUGUGACUGUAUUUCGAAAACAUACAGUCAAUAUUAUAGAGUUGUAUUAUGAUUACAAUUAUAAGCUAUUUAGAUGAUAUAACAUCAGACCUGAACAAAAAUGUGGGCUUAAAAAUCUAAAUGAACUGUUUACAUUAGUUAAUGAUAUUUAUAAAGGUGGAGAAAUACCAGGGGACUUUAAAAAAUGUAUUAUAAUUAUUUUCUCUAAAUGGAAGAACAGCAAAAAAGUACGUUUAUAUAAAUUGUAGUAUUUUUACUCAUCUACUCUAUUUAUGUAAGGAUCAAUUAGCUACAAUAGAAGUUUCAAAAAAAUCAGAGAUCCAAAAUCAGAAAAUUAGUAAGACCUAUAAUCUCUGAUAUUGUUUAAUAUUUAUGUAUAACAGUCAGAUUAAUUUUAAAAGACACUUGUUAGAAACAAUAUAGACAUAGUAGUGAUUGGAGAUUUUAGCUGACAGAAUUUUUGUAUUUAUUAUAUCAAGCUGUAUAUUUUAAAUAUUACAAUAACACUUUGAUAUUCCCUCUAAAAUAAUGUUCUCUAUAAAUUGUAUAAUGUUUAAUUUUGAUUUUAGAGUAAAAUUAUCUAAGUUUUACUUAUUCUACGUAAGCAUAGGUUUUGAACGUUCCCCAGUAGUUGGACUGAGACAUUAUUUGCGGGUAUAACGUCCUCUUGAGUUUAGUAAAUGUAAUCAGGAUGAUAUUCGUACAAUUCAAGUUAGAACAUGGACAUUCUGAGACACAUGAAUGAGCUUCUGUAAGAAAAAGAACAAUCAAAUACAUAAUUUAAUAUCAAAAAACCGAUUUCAUAUAUUAUAAUUAUGCGGGGCUGAUAAGUUACAGAGCUGUAGAAACUAGCUGGUGAUAGUGGUGAUAAAGAAUUAUGAGAAAUUGGGAAAGUAAUUGAGAAUAGUCUAUUUGCACGUUUUCCAAAAAAUAAAAACAGCCAAAUAUUAUUUGAACCAUAAAAUCCAUACAUAGAUAAUUGAAAAAAAUAAAGAUUAAAAUAAUAAAAAACGAUAAAUAUAAUGAUUUAUUCAUUUAAAUUAAAAAGAUUAAAGUCUGGUCAGUUUCAACAGACAAUUUAUUACAUGAUCAGAAAAACGCCGCACAAUAAAUGUGGUGUAUGAAUUGCGUGGAAUGUAAACUGAUAAGGGAAAUGCACUUGGUAAUAAAUUGUUGUUACGAUAAGUUUUAAAUCUUUGAUCAAGCCUCAAUCUCGACGUGUGUUUAUACGCUCAUAUAAAUGUUAUAAUUAUUUAUUUUGAAACGAUUAAUGGCUCGUUUGAAUUUCGUAUAAAGUGCAUAGUGUGUAGCCAGUAUAAAUUAAUUUUAGAAUUAGAAACUGAUAUGUUUAAAGUAGUGUUCAUUGAAAACAUUGUUAAACAAACAUUUAAAAAAAUAAAAUCAAUAGUUUAAAAAUAUUAUUUUUAAAAUUAACUUAAUCUGUUGUUAUAGAAAUAUUAUAAUAAUAACAACUUAUAUUUACGGAAACAAUUUCAAUUUUCAAAAUAUUAAUUUACAAAUACAUAGAUAAUUUAGAUAUGGUAGAUACCUAAUAUAUAUCUAAUAGAUACCUAUUAGCUAAUAGGUUACUGACUAAUAUAACUGUUACAAAUCUUUACGAUGAUUAUAUUUUUUAGCUACCCUUUUGGUCUUGUUAACAUACAAUUAUUUUCAAAUUAACUUUUUUUUUUAAUCUGAUAAUUUUUCUAUUAUAUUGAUCUAAAAAUAUGAAAAGCGAUUCACUAAGUGACAAUUGUACCCACCGAUUUUUUUGGUUAAAUUUUGCAUGUUUUCAAAUUCUGAUUUUCAGAAUUUUUAAGUGUAGUUAAUAUCGAUAUUUUCGAACACUUAGAUUUUUCACACUAUUUAAGGAAUAUCCUGUGGCGAAUGGUGAUACUAACUUUGGUUUUUCAAGUUAGAACCUGUAUUAAAAAUUGCAUAAAUAGACGAAUUAUUACUUGAAAUAAAUUUUGGUGUCAAUAUUUUUAAUUUCCGUCAACCUGUUUAUGAAAUAUUCCACUUUUAAGUUUAGGUAGGGUUAAAGUGGUGGAACACUUAUAAAACGCCACACAAAUGAUACUAAUCACAAUGCAGAUAAAAUGUCAUCAAUAUUGUGGUAGGUACUAAGUCAUUAGUACCACUCAUUAGAAUACAUUUACAUUAGAGCUACAACAUGAGUUAUGACUGAAAAAUUAUAGAAUCUAAGGAAAUUGUUCAAAAAUAAACGUCCUAGCUUCCAAGGUUAGAAAAUAAGUAAAUAAUUAGGUAAUUAUAUAAGUAUCUACUUUAAUUUUCUAUGUAGUAGGUGUGCAUUAGUAGGUACUUACGAAAAAGUACUAUAUUUGGAACAUAGCGAACAUAUCUAUUGGUUGAUGUGUGUCGUGUGUAUAUUACAAUUAAAGACACUUCCUUGUAAUUUUGAAUACGUGUUCAUCACCCACAUAAUAUUAUGUAUCUAAUUUUUUAUACCUAAUAAUUUAUUCACCAAGAACCUAAAAACCCAAAUUCAUAAAUAUACAUAAUUCGUGACCACUAGUUUUUAGCGGUACCUACCGAUAUGUUCAGUGUUUAGUCUAUCAAUACAUACUUUUAUUCUCUUCGGUGUUACUGAAAACUAAUUUGAUUUUAUCUAAAAUUUUGAAUACGUAAUGCAAAUUACUACAAAUGACAAUACCUUUGUAUAAAAUGUGUGAAUACUGUAAAUUAUAUUUCAUAAACAUGAUAUAUGAUGAUACCAAUUUUUUAUUAAUCUAUUAAUCCAAUAUUUGAUUGAGUGAACGGGGCUUAAGAGUAGAUUGGUAAUGCAAUAAAAUGUUUUUUUCCAAAAAUAUUCAGCUGUCCCGCAUAGAUUUGACAAAUGUAAUAACUUUUGUUCUGUUUAAUAUUUUAGAUUGGGAGAGUACGGGGAAUGUGUUAGUUUUACAAUGAUGUUUAUUUUAUUAUGAUUAUUCUGUGAGCAACUUAUCCAUCAGAUAUCUGGCCCUAAUAUAUCAAGUGUAGCAUGUUUUCUAAAAGCCAAUUUUAUUUACUUGGUACUUUAGAAAAGUCAUUUUUGAUUUUCUAUAGGUUUUCAUUAUAACUGAAAAAACCAUAGGAAAAACUGGAAAGUUUAUGAAGGCAUUAGCUUUAUUAUUUUUAAUUUUGUUUUUUGUUAUAAUUUAAUUAAAUUGAACGUAUACUUGAAAUUAGGACUGAAAACUCAUAUUUGCCUUUUUUAGACUUGAUCAAAUUUUAAUUUUGCAAUUUUUGUUACAUAUUUUUAUUUAAUAGGUAUUCUGUGAAUAAAAUUGUUAGGCUUAAUAUUAAUGCAUACAAAUUCAAUAGGAGGGGUUCAUUACAAUUCGUACUUUGUAUUAAAAAAAUAAUAAUAAUAAUAAGUAAUGUAUUUUUAAUGUAAAUAUUAUGUCUUAUAAACAUGUGUAACUGAACUUCGCUCUGAAUCGUUUUUCAUUAGCAAUAUUUUAUUCUUAUGUACAAAUAUAAAUUAAAUUCUCCUUUAAAUUCUACCUUACCGACUUCUCACCUACUAUAGUAGUAAAAAAAAGCUCUUUCAUUAAUUGGCAUGGUUAAGUGAAAUUGCUCUAGCUUUAACAAUCCAUUUACAUUUCAAUUCUUUAUCCUGUAUUAGAAUAUAUUCAAAUCAUAUGGAAAAUAUAUAACAUUGGCCAUAGUGAACAAAUAAAAAAAAUACAAAAUAAUAUGCUUUGUUUUAUCUGUUUUAAAAGCAAUUUAUAUAAAUGCCCUCACUCUGGAUAUGAUGCCAUUCUUAAUUAUUUAAAUUUAAUACCAUUAAAAGAUCAAAAAAAAAAAAAAAAUUAAUAUAACUUUCUUAUUCAAACUACUUAAUAAUAAAAUAGACAAAACCACCUCCCUUCUAAACAAUAUUACUCUAAAAGUAAAUAGGCAUUCUUAAUAAAGAAUUAUUUUAUACAAAACAUUAUUCUCAUAACUAUAUGUUGUGUACACCUGUAAAUAUCUUGCUAUCUACUGAGAAUUCUGUAAACCAUUUAGAUUUCUUUUACUUUAUUAAUUAAACUUAAUAGCACUUAUUAUAUACUUAUUUGUGUUUUAUCUUUUUAUUAUUUUAAUGUAUUUUAGCAUCUAUGAUAUCUAAUGUAUUUAUUCUAUAUUGUAUUUAUAAUCUAUACUAUUAUUUAAUUAUAUAUAUUUCAAUGUAAAUUGGACUGAUGUCCGUUAAAUAAAUAAAUGUAUCAUCAUAAAUGCCCACUCAUCAUGCAAAGUAUGUCUUCUUAGUUUUUUUUUUUCAUGAUUUUUCUAUUUUAAAUUUGUUUGCUAUAAGUUUUAAAAAAAUAUAUAAAAUCAAAAGAAAAACUUAAAAAUAAAAUUGAAUAUAACAAAAAUGAUUGCUUUUAUUAAAUUUCUGUGAAAUACCUUGUAUAAUACUGAUUACUUUUUAUAUUUUACUUUUAACUCUGAAUUUUGUUUGAAUUCCAAGUAUUUGUGAUAUUCCUAUAAUACUGUUUUCCUAAAUGUAACAGAUUACUGAGAUUAUUACUAUAUUUUGUUUUCAAUGUUUCGCAGAUAUUAGUUGGUUUUAAUUUUAUUUCUAAUGUGAUGAAUGAUGUAUGACUUUCAAAGUGAAUUAUUCAUCUAACACUUACUAUCUAAUCCAUUUCAGUUAACACUUUUGAGCUGGAUGCCUUUUAGGUUUCUACACAAAUUAUAAAAUUGGUUAUGUGAGUAAUUUUUCCCUUAAAUUUGACCAUUUAGAAAUAUUUAUUCAAUACAUAUGGUAUACAAUUAAUAUAUUAAAACAUUUUUAUUUUUAUUUUUUUCUACUUAAUGAAACAUUAUUUUAAGGCCUAAGAUUGAUUUAAAAUAGACAAUUAGAAUAAUAAUUAACUAUCAUCGUGUUUAAUAAUAUAAUAGAUGCAAGUGUUUUUUUUUUUAUUAGUAUAUGGAAUCUUCUAGGACUCUUAUUAGAGUAUAUUAUAUUUUUAAUAUCUAAAUAAUUUGACUUUGUAUACUACUUUUUCAUUAGUUAAUCUUUUAAAUUUAAUUAUAAUACUCAGUAAUACAUCAAAAUGUUAAUUUAUAAGUAUGCCUUAUAAUGUGAGACCAUGUGUAAGCAUAUGAUAACAAUUCACUAUGAAUCAAAUUUUUGUAGUGUAUACUAAUUCUUAUGUUUAAGUAUUUAGUUCAAAUCUUUAAUAAUAAAUAAUUUAAUAAGAAUGGAAGUAAACAAACAAAUAUUAAAAUAUUAAAUAAAUAUUAUUUUCCCAAAAAUAUAUUACAAUAAAAUAAUAAGGUUAAAAUAAAAGUGUUCAUUUAUUGGCAAAUUAUUGAUAAAUAAUUAAAUUUGUUUAUUUUGUUUCAGAAUACAAAAUUUGAUAAGACUUUAAAACCUCUUAUACCAGUUACACGAUCCUGUAAUAGCUUGAUAAGACAAAUCAAGUAUAAUUUAUAUAAUGAACCAAACAAUGAUGAUAAUAUUAAUAUUUCAUAUAAUUUACUAACCCAGGACGAGAAUAUAGAUACACAAAGCAUAAUAAAUCCAUUUGAUUUGAAAAAAGAAAUAUUUUUAAAACGUUUGAGACAAAAUAUCUCCUCUCAUAAUAACCAUUCUAUUGAAUUAAGUAAUACAUAUAAUUUAAUAUUUAAUAAGAAGAUAAAUGAAAAGAAGCCAACAUCUAGAGUAUUAAAAACAGUAUUUGUGAAUGGUGAAUUAGUUCCGGCUAAUGAAUUAUCAAAAAAUGAUGAAAUGGAAGUCAGUGUUGUAAAAUCAAAAUCAUCUGAAAAUUACUGUACAAAUAAAACUGUUAGUAAUAUUGAAAGUACUCACCGUUCCCACAGCUCAGGAAGUAGUUCAUUGACAAAAGGUUCAAAAAGAAACAAAUGUUUUAACAGAAACGAACAAAAUAAAAGGUCUUGCAGAUCAAAGACCAGGCAUGAAAGAAACAUAGCAACUGGGAAAAAAAAUCCAAAUAUUGGUUCCAAUGGUCAAAGUAUAAUAAAUAGAAAUGUUAUAUCUAAUUAUAGUACAUUACUUGACCAUUCAAAGAGUACUAUGGAUAUAAAUGCAAUGGCUUGUUUAUUAAACACUUCAUCUCCCAGAGAAAAUCAAUGGGUAAUGAAAUCAUCAAAUCCAGAAACAUCUGUCCCUUCACCAUUGAAUUUAAAAUAUAUGCAUGGUAAUAAUAUAUCAGAAAGAAACCGGGCUGACCUAGAAAAUAGUACUUCUAAAAUUAACAAUGUAAAUAGUGAUCAGAAUGGUAUAGUUUCUCCUUCAAGUGACACCCAGUGGUCCAUUAAAUCUCCCAGUGAACUGGGUUCUCCAGGAUGUAAACUGCCGAUGGUUAAUGAUUCUGAGCAUAUGGAAGUUGAAACUGUAUACUCUGAUAAUGAAGGCAGUCAAACAACUGAACAUAUAUUACACCUACGAUCAAUUAAUGAAAAUGAAAACACUCAAAUUUAUACAUUACCAAUGGAACAGAAAUCCACUCAUAUAGAACAUUCGUAUGUUGAAAAUGCUAUUACUUCAAAUACAAGAGACUUAGAAGUGGUAAAUGUAUUAUCCCCUGUUUCAAUUAAUUCAACUGAUAUUCCUAUUAGCAAGAGUUCUUGGACUCCUGAUAUAUCAGUACAUUUACAUAAUGAUGUUGAUGGUGAUCAUUCUCAAUCUUCUUCACAAUUAAAUGGUUUAUGUAAUACAAUUGGUAUCAACAAAAAUCGUGUUGCUGUUAAUAAUCAUCACAGUGAAAUAGACCAUCUAAGUCACAUGCAGUUAGAAACGACUCAUAGACCAAGGCCACUAAGUUCUUAUAAUCUAAUUGAACCAAGAUUAUACUCUGAUGAUCCGUUUAUAGCGUCUUUGUCACCCAAUGGAAGUUCAGUUUCAAAUUCUGGAUACAAUUCUAUAUAUGAAAUGGCACGAACACCUGUAUCAGUCCCAAUUAAAUCUGUUCCUGUUCCAAUGUCUUCAAAAGAUGUCAUACACGAACUAAAUGAUUCAAAUAUUAGUAUUUAUCAUGGGAACACAUUAAAUUUAAGUUUUAAUGGAAUAAAAAAUAAAGCUGCAGAAUUAAACCAGGCUUCAUAUAACUUUGCAAUGAAUAACGAUAGGCCAACUGAUAUGAGUAUUGGUGAAAGAGUAUCGCCAAAUAACCCAAGUAAUAUAAACAGUCAUAACAUUCUUGAUGUUGUUUCUGAUGAAUUUAGUGAUAUGGACUCAAUGGAUUUGCGAAUAAAUAAUUCAGACAUCAGAGAUAUUAAUUCAUGUAUAAAUAAUUUAUCAAUGUCUAGUUUAAUUUCAUCAGAUUUAAAAACAGCUAAUCCGUUUAAUAAUUUUGAAAAGUCGAGUAAUUGGUCUUCCAUAAAAAAUCCCCAAUCAGAUAUACCAAAUCUUCAUCAAAAGCAAAAUUUAAAAGUAUACACGGAUCCAACAAAAUUAAUUCCAGGCCCUAUUCAUUUAAACACACAAUCUGAAGUGCCAAUUCAUUUGAAUGAAACACGAAUACAAAAAGCCUUUCUGGGAAAUAAAAGUCCUUCUCAAGUGUAUUAUAGUCCGAUGGCUGAUUUUUGCAUUUCAUCUGAAGUAGAUAUAGCAAAUCGUGGAAGUAUAGAAGAUUCUCAAAAAAAUAAUUUUAAAAACCAAUCGAAUAUAAGGGACCGGGCAAAUACAUGUUCAAAUGAUAAAUAUACUCAUUCAUUAAUGACACCAACAGAUAAUGAUCCAAAUGGAAAACAAACAUCUAUAAUCAGUAAUUAUGAUGGUGUUCAUAAUCAAAAUUCCCCUAUUGUGAAUAAUGGACUUUUAUAUAAAUUUAAUAGAUCAGAUAAUAAUCCAUCUGUUAGGUAUGGAAGUCCCAUUCAAUUACAUCAUACAAAUUCAGAUGGUUUGUCACCACAACGUGGUCAUAAUGGAUUGACAUAUACCAGUUUUGACCAGAUACGAGGACAAAGUUUACUGGAAGAUCCAAACCUAAAGGAAGACCCGCCUACUAUAAUCAACAUGACACAUUUAGUACCCCAAUCAAAUAAAAAUUGUAAAGUCCAUUAUAAAUGGCCAUUGACCAAAAAAAAAAGUCAAUCAACUACUACAGCAAAUGAAAAAUUUCAAGAACCUACUCAAAGUUCCGAGUAUAAAAGAAAUUCUAAUGUUGUGUAUAAAUAUAAAGACGAUGAGUUUAAUUUGACUCAGUUACAGAACAUGUCUCCAAAUGAACUACCGAACCAAAAUUCUAGUGUGACUUUUAAUGAGAACAAAAAUGAUGGAUCAGCAUUCCAAUCCAACCAACAGUUUCAGGGCAUAUCUGAUCUAUCUGAUCUAUCUGACCAAUCACCUGUCAUUCAAUGUGGAUCGGAAACGGCUGAAGAAAAAAAGCAAAAUCAAGCAAGAAUAAUUCUUAAUUUUGAAAAUAAUUUACGAAAAGAUUCUAGUGAUUUUGACACUUUGUACAGGUCUAGUAAAACAACAGGUCAAAGUCAUGAACCAAAUUCACCAUACAAUAAUGAUAUUUUGGAUGCGGCCCGGACAUUAUUCCAAAAAAGGAAAUUACUUAUAUGCAUGUACCCAAAAUGUACAAACAAAAUUCAUUUCCGUGUAAUACCUUCUAAUGCUGAGUUGCUACGUCACGAGUUCACUGUACCAUUUGAUGAUUUUCGUUUCAAUAUUCAGUAUAAAUAUAAACAGCUAUUGACUUCAACUUUGAAAACAUGGCCAGUUAUGCCUGAAUUGGCACAAUUGGCUAAACGGUGCCCAUGCGAAGUUUGUUGUGAUUUUGAUUCUAAAUUGAACCAAAAUCAAGAUGUGUUAGGUGCAUAUGUUGAAGGCAGAAGAAGACCUGGUGUUGAUAGAAACAAUGAAAAUCUACCUCAAAUUAAAUCACGAAUAACAUUGAGUUGGAAAAAAAAUUUGGCAAAUCGCUUUAGAUCAGAAGCGGUAGCAAAACAAACAAUUACUCAAAUGAUUGAUGAAAUGCAAGAACAUUUAAAUAAUUUUACAUUCUCCUUCACAGCAGUUUUUCCAUUAUAUAAAGAUAUGAAAACAAAUACUGAAGCUUUACAAAAAGCAUGUGAAAGUAAUUUAAAUUUGUUUGAUAAUGAAAAGCCCUUGGUCUUCGAGUGUUCAAAACUAAUUGAUAUAGUAAAUUCAAUUUUUGAUAAAGAAGCACACCUUUAUUCUUAUCAAUAUUUACAAUUACCUAAAACAGUACCAAAAUAUGUUUUGGAAGACAAGUCCAAUUCACCAUACCAGCUGGCCAACCAAAAUAUGUCAAGUUUUUCACAUCAGUUCGAUGAAGAACAUUUGCCCAAUGAAAUUAAUAGAUAUUAUGUUGAAAAUUCAUCUAGUCCUUCAUCUCAAUCGAUUCAUUCAAAUUUAACUAGCCCUCCGCCAAUAAGAUAUAUUCAUGAAAAUGUACCCAACACAUCACAUCAAUCCGCUGUAGAAAAUUUACCCAGUACAUCACAUCAAUCGUCAGUUGGUAGUAUAACAAGUUCUCCUCAUCAACAUGUUUUAAAUAAUUUUCCCAUUACAUCACAAUGCCAAGAAAUUUCUUUGGAAAUGUGUUCUUUAAAUGAGAGACCAAAAAAUCUUAGUAAUAUCUCUCGUUACUAUUCUGACGGACAAUUGUGUUCAGAGUUUCCUCCCAAUACAUAUCUUCAAGUUCCUAGUACUCAGUUUCCAAAUUCUUCAACCAAUUCUUAUUAUGGCUCCCCAGUAAACAUGCCAUCAGAUACUUCUGUGCCAUUUCACUCUCCUAGUUUAUCAGCUAACUCUGUGCCUAAUUCCCCAUCUUCAGAUUGCAGUAUCCCUUCUUUGGUUGAAUCUGCUGCUACUGCUGUACCUGAGCAUACUUUGUUAGAUGAUAGUUUAGAAGCAGUAAAUGCUGCGCAUAACUUAAUGAUGAUCUCACACCGCCAUAGGUACAACAGUACUACUUCGAUUACAUCUACUAAUACUACAAAUACUAUGACUACUGCAACUACUAAUGCUGCAACUGUUUCAAACACCAAUGGUUUUAAAACCAAAACUAAAAAAAUUUCCCCGUCUAAAACUAUUGCCACUAAUAAUAUUUCCCCACCUCGUACCCGUAGUAAUGAUGUUUCAAUUAUUAUUGUCACCGAUACUGUACAGCCUUCUAUUACCGAACCAGAGGAUCAAGAACCAGAGGUCGUUCAUAAUAGCCGAAGAAAAAAGAAAAAGAAACAUGAUAAGAAAAAGGAUAAGAAAAAAAAGGGAAAGCGUUGAUGAUAUUUAUUAAAUAAAGUUUUUUUCCAUUGAGUUUUAAGCAUAACAUUCCGAGCUUAAAAAAUGUUAAUUGUUAAUUAAACUUCAUAGAUUAUUGAAAAGCAUGUAUUUAUGACGUGUUUUGAUUUUGAUUUACUUUUUAACAAACUGUGAUAAUUUUCUAUUGCUCAUUUAAUUUCUUUUUAAAAAUAUUUCUUCAUAUUUAUUAACUUAAUAUUAAAACAUAAACUUCAAAAAUUUAUUUGAAAUCAAUAAUUUUCGCUAAAAUCAAUUUUAAAAUAUUAUUUUUUAUUUAAAUUUAACAAAUAAAUUGAAAACAUGUUUUUGAAUUCAAUAUUUUUUUUUAAUACAUCUUGAUAAUAAAAAUUAGUUUAUGCAUUUAUUAUUAUUAUUGUUACUUUUUUACAAAUGCAUCACAGUAUUAAAACACAAUUUAUUUAAUAAUUAUCAUCAUGAAUUCUAAACAAAAAGUGCAACUAAAUUGAGAGAGAGAUAUUAAGUGACAAGUCCAUCUAUUCUGUUGAACAGAAUGUUAAUGAAGUCAAUUUUUUUUUUUUUUUUUUUUUUUUUUUUUGAUGAAAUUAAAUUAGUCCUAAUAUUAAUUGAGGAAUACAUUUUUUUAUAUCAUAAGGAAUGCUAGAUUUCUGACUAAAUUAGAGUUAAUUGUUAACAUAUUUAUAAUACCAGUCUGUUAAGUAUUAUAUAAGGUUUAAGUCAUUAAUGUAACUUGGUAUCACAAUUUUAAAUCAUGCUUGGUAUCUGAAUAAUAUUUUAAAUUGUAUAAUUUCAAUUUCUCUGGUAAUUUUUUGUUUUAUUUUUUAUAAUAUAAUGUGACUAAAAUUUGACAUGUUGCAUCCGUCAGACCGUCUGUAAAUGAUUUAGGUAAGCAAGUUGCCUAUAUAUAUAUAUAUAUAUAUAUAUAUAUAUAUAAUACUAAAUUAAACAUAGGUUGGUCUGAUUUAAAAAUUAUUUAUUAAUUAUUAUUAGUGUUGGCCAUGUGCUCUAAUAUUCAUACAGAUAUUAUGGUGCGCUAUUCUUUUUCAUUAGUCGUGGUGAUUUUUAUUACACAUUUAUUAUUUUAUUUUUAGAUUAUUUAUAUUUAUAAUGACAUAAUAUGCAAGUUACUUUAAUAAGACUAAAAAUACCAAUACAAUUUUCUAACAGUAAAAGUACAACCAUGAGUUAAUAAUCACACUAAAAUAUGAAGAUGAAAACAAUUUCUAAAUUCAUAAAUAAUGUUGAAACAUUUUAAGGUUCAGCAACUACCUUUUACUGACCUGUCUAUUACUAAUUCGAUUUGGUUAAGUUAUUGUUAAGUCAUUAUUUUUGAGAUGUACUUUGUGAGA